AUGGCUGUUCUCCCCCUGCGUUCGCCCAGCCUGACAAAAGCAACCAAACUACAGCUGGAUGCUCCUGUCUUGAAUCCACCUUGGGCCCCUGUAGCAACUGCAAACAGAAGUAAGUCGGGGAUCUCCAAUAUAGACGGGAACCCGCGGGAACUCCAAGCCCCCAGUAGAAAGAAAGAAUGGAUCCUGGUAAUAAGCCCGGAAAAGAUGGUAUUCACGAACUAUCCAAAACCACUGGGUCCUCGCACAGGGACAGACCGCGUGAGGCACCUGCUGACUAUUAUAAACAACAUUCUACCUGGGGCAGUUAAAGCAACCGACAUAGACAGUAUAGACUACCUAUAUCAAGAUGGACACCCAGUCCGUGCCCUGAUCACUUUCACAGAUCAUAAUCUGGUCAACUUCAUCUUUAGAACAAGAAAUCUAUUUUUAAAGAAAGGAAUAGAUUUAUUAAGAAUCUUUGAAAACAGAGCCCUGCUAACCUCCCUACUGGCGGCCAAGGGGGAAGGGAGACCAGGAACAGAGGAACAAAACAAUAGAGUGCACAUGCAACAAAACCAGCAAAACCAGAGCCUAGUGCACCAGCAGGAAAACAUAGCCCCUAUUGAGACUCAACUUCAUUUGAACGACAGAGAGGACUCUUUCUACAUAGAAGAACAUGCCCUAAUAAAUCGGUUCUGGUCACUGCAGAUGCCAGCCCAAAAGGAAAUCUUGGUUAGACUGGACACCCUGAGAAGCAGAUUGACCAAAAAGGAGGCCCAUGUUGAGACUACGGAAGGCUCACACACACGGCCUAUAUCCCCCAAGUGCCUAGUGGACAAGAGGACGGUGGGAGGCGCCUUUAAAUGUGUAGAUUCGGAAGACCAAUUGCAGCCCCCACUGGUGUAUGGUAAGGCAAAACUAAAACAGAUUGUCACAUCUCCGAGUACCUGGUUUAACUAUCUAAAACUCUCCCCAAAUUAAAUAGCUACUCCCCCAAGUCCAAACCAGCCCCUUAAGUCCCCAAGAGCUAUGGAUAAUCACUCUCUUAUGCAGCAGAUGCCUAUUGACAAACUUAAUGGGAGUGUUUUUUUAGAUGUAAAGGGGUCACUGGACACCGUGGACCCAACAAAUCUACACCAUGGAGGGACAGAGAAUUAAAGCUGCUGUCCUGGAACAUUGCAGGAUGGCGCGCUAAGAAAAACAAUCAACAACUUGCAAUGUUUCUUAAGCGAUUCGAUAUCAUCCUCCUGCAGGAGACCUGGCACAGCGACCCCAUUCUGUUCAAUGGGUAUUCUUGUCACUCCCUAUUUGCUACUCCAUCUGUGAGGGGAGGUAGGCCUAGUGGAGGUUUAGCUAGCCUUAUCUCCACAGAGCUUGAACAUUCCUUAAAAGCCCUCCCAAACUGCAAUUCACUAGCCACGGCAGUCCUACUCAAAUUUAAGAGAGAUGCACUGGUAGUGGUCAAUGUCUAUCUGCCCCCCUGCCAAAAAAAAAUCUAUAGUGAAAGCUAACUGGGCAGAGUUAGAGGCAUUCCUAGAGUCCAUAGAAUCUUCCCAUCCUUCUACAACGAUUAUAAUCGGGGGGGAUUUCAACGCCCGUAUGGGAAUUGAUGAUAACAAUCUUUACAGCUAAUAUAAUCAGAUUCAGGACCCUGAAAGUCCAACCGAAGCAGGCGUUUCACGACUUUCUAAAGAUAAUAAAUGCAACUACUCAGGACUAUGUCUAGCCCAGGUCGCAAAAAGAAGGGAGCUGAUGAUAUUAAAUGGUAGUAAGGAGGAGGAUCGCCCAGGGGAGUAUACCCAUUUUUCAAAGAUGGGAGGAAGUGUGAUAGACUAUAUUCUGAUAUCAAGAUUCGCCUAUAACUCUGUGUCGAAGUUUCAAGUGGGACAUAACACUGAAAGCGACCACCUCCCACUAAUUUUAGCGCUCAAUGGUCCAUCGUUUAACAAACCCACGGCUGACCUUUACUACACCCCCAUCGUUAAUCUGGGAUCACUGGCCCCCAGAAGAAUUAAAUGGACCCCCAUGCUCAAUACAGAGCUAACUCAUCUCCUCCAUUCGGAAGACGUGAAGACCAUCUACUCAGCCAUUGUAUCAGCUAAUACCGAGGAAAAGGCCAUGGACUCGUUCAAUGAGUUAUUAGCAAGACUAAAGACCUUCCUAACACCUGAGAUACUUAAUUCUGUUACAAAGCGGGCAAAGGAUCAAGAGAGAUGGUUUGAUUUGGAGUGUAGACAAGCAAGGAAACGUCUGAGAUCAACCUAUCAGAAUUACAGAAAUACCGGAGCACCCUCGCUAUUUAUGGCUUACAUCUAUUUAAGACGAAACUACAAUCAGCUAUUAAAGGUAAAAAAACAAAAAGCUGAGAGACUGGCCUGGUGUAAUUUAGUGAAGGCCUCGAAUGAGAAAGACUCAACCUCCUUCUGGUGUACCAUUAUGGGCCUCCUGGGCCAGGAGUGGAUUGGUCCCACAUGUACUGUAGAACCCCAGGAGUGGAUGAAAUAUUUUCAAACCCUCUUCUAUGACGACAAAGCCCAGCACAAUGAUCCAAGUGCCUACUCCGAGAAUUUACCAUAUUGGUCCCCUGUUUCCAUAGAGGAGGUGGGGAAACUAAUUGCCCAACUGAAAAACAACAAAGCCCCGGGCAUAGACCACAUUCCAGCAGAGCUCAUGAAGAACAAUAUCAGUUGGUGGGCUCCUUUAAUGGCGUCAAUAUUUACAUACAUCGAUUCAACAGGCAUAAUCCCUGGUUGCUGGACAGAGGCAGUAAUCAUCCCAAUCUAUAAAAAGGGUCCUAUGGCAGAUCCAGCGAGCUAUAGACCCAUUAGCCUCCUUACUAUCCCCAGCAAAUUGUAUGCCAAACACCUCCACUUCAAACUAAUUGACUGGAUGGAAACUGAGGCAGUUCUGGCAGAGGAGCAAGCCAGCUUCAGACAGGGUAGAACAACAAUAGACCACUGCUUCGUAUUAGCACACCUCAUUGACAAAUACGUCAAUAAAACACGUGGGAUUCUAUACGGAGCAUUUAUUGACCUGAAGGCGGCCUUUGACAUGAUCUCACGAGUCAAACUUUGGGCUAAACUCAAUGCUACCAACAUUGACAAAAGAUUACUAUUCUUGAUAAAAAGCCUAUAUAAAGACUCCAAGUUAUAUGUAAGAACCUCAGUAAAUGGGCAACUAAUUGGCCCUGUACCAGUCACCAAAGGAGUCAAGCAGGGCUGCAUUUUAGCCCCGGCCUUAUUCAACUUAUAUAUAAAUGACAUGGUCAAAUGCCUAACAUCCCCAGAGUUUCAUGCCCCCAAACUGGCUGAAAAAUCAAUUUCAGCGCUCCUCUAUGCAGACAACGCGGUUCUCUUAUCACGAACUAAAGUAGGCCUCAAAAGGGUACUAAGAGAAUUUUCAGCCUACUGCAGGAGAGAUCAACUGGUGGUUAAUCACCAAAAAACCAAAGUCAUGGUCUUCGCUAGGAGACACAGACGGGAGAUGGACAAUCAGCCAAUAGAACAGGUCAAAAUUUUCAAAUACCUCGGAGUAGUUUUCCAGUCAACAGGGGCCUGGGAGGCCCAUCAUAAAUAUGCUAGGGAAAAAGCAUCUCAAAGCGCCAAAAUACUGUCUCGCUUUUACUUUACGAAGGGGGGCAGACAUAUUCCAGCAGCUCUGGAGGUCUUUCAAGCAAAACCCUUGGCGCAAUUACUCUACGGGGCCCAAAUCUGGACGGGAAAUCAUUGCCGCACACUUGAAACGGUCCAGUCUAAAUUCUUAAGACAGAUUCUAGCCGUUCCACCAUGCGCAGCAAAUGCGGCCCUACGGCUGAAGACUGGCCUCCUCUCCAUCGAAACCCAAACCUGGUUAAGAACAUUCAACUAUUGGCUUCGCUUAAAUUUAAACCCAUGCGGACUACUACCUCUAGUAGCACGAGAUGCUCAUAGAAGUAGGUGGUCCAAAGUAGUGCAUCAAAAACUACUUACAUGUGGCCUCCAAGCACAGCAUCUCCUGAAAAUGGGUCUCCCCAAGGCAAAAACCAUUAUUGACCAGCGCAUGAAGGAUAUUGAGCAGCAGAAUAAUCUGGCCUAUAUUAAGAAAUUUAGUGCUUGGUACGCUUAUCUGCCCCCCUCCCACUUUGAUUCUCGGGCACCUUAUUUGUCUACCUUAACCAUUCCAAAACUCAGGUGGGCCUUUACACUGGCCAGACUAAAUAUGUUACCCUCAGCUGUUCUUGAAGGUAGAUAUCAAAAAAUUUCAUUUGAGAACCGGCUCUGCCCCUGUGGAGCUGGAUACGUGGAGACUGUGUCACACGUUCUCUUGUCUUGCUCCCUAUAUAAAGAUCUCAGGGACGAGACCAUCACGCCGCUCCUAUCUGCCAUCCCGGGUCGCUCUUGUGAAGCCAAAUUGUUCUCACUCCUAGCCGACCAGAACAGUUCGACAACAGAGAAGGUUGCCAAAUUUAUCGAGAGAGCAAUGAGACUGAGAGCUGCUAUCUGAAUGACAUCAGUGUCGUCACCCGGAUUCCUCGCCUAGGAUCUUAUUAUUAUUAUCAUUAUGUUUUAUUAUUAUUAUUUUAUUACCUCUGCCAAGUUUUAAGUACUGAGAUUAUUAAUUUAUCUGCAUCUGGUUAUUAUUAUCUUUCUCCCUGUCCUGACCAUCCCUCCGAGGUUAUAAUAAAAUCUAUUGAUUGAUUGAUACCUCAGCUACUCUCCUGAGUUCCAGAUUUCCCUCAAAAUAUCUGGAUGAACUGCUAAGUCAAUUUGUAGUUUUCUGCUCCUUCCUUGCUUCCUCAACUGGCAAGAAGGAGGGACUGCUCAAGCUGCUUUCACCAACUGGCAGCUCAUGCACAAAUUAAUAUCACUCUGUUGAUGGUUUAGUUCUAUAUUAUUUAUUACAUCUGUAUCCCACCCACACCACCGAGCUCUUUGGGUGGUUUUACCAUCACAGCUUCUUAUGAUUACACCUAUUUUCCCAGUUUGAAACUUUUAGAGAGAGGACAUGACAGACUUGCUCUGUAAAUAGUUUUUUGUUUUCUUGGGAAAUUGGAAGAAAGCAGUCUAAUAUCAGGGAAGCAGGAUGUGACCUUGAGUUUUCACCUGGUGCUGUUGAGGGGAAACAUGGAGAAUAGCCAGUGUGCUGUUAGAAACUUGCCAGGCUUGAAAGUAAGCAAAGUGGUGGUUAAAAGCUCACAACACAGGCUUAGCCCAUAAAUCCUCUGUUGGGUUUCCCUGCUCUUUUUCUAUUCUGUAGAAUAGCCUCUAGAGGUCAGUGCACUAUCAAGUGACCUACUGCAGACAACUGAAAUAAAAUGCCUGUUACUGUUGAAAUGUUUGAAAUUUUGCAGACAAAUAAUCUCAUAAUUCAGUAGAACUUUUACUGUGAUACUGAAUAAAUAAUACUGAAGAAAAGCAGUUUCUUUCUGUUGCUGGUAAUGCUUGUAGACUGUGCUGCAUUUAUAGCAACAUAAUACCAAGGAGGGAAAUUAACAACUUAAUGUGCUGUAGAGGGAAAUGAGGGGCAGGUGGGCCUCAUCAACCUGGGAAGAUAGCCCAUCUAGGAAAAUCUAGCCACUGCCCUGUGGCUAUACUUAUCUGUGAGAGAGGCUUCAGGAGUAAACCCUGAGGAAUAACCUCUCUUUGCUGCCUUGCAGAACAUCUUCUGGAGAAGAAAAGGCCAUUGACUAAACCCUGCACAAAUCCAGAGUGGAGUCCCUAAGGUGGCAAACUGCCCAGUCUUGGGCCCCAUGAGAGAUCAUCCAGUGCUGCUAAUGCAGCAAAAACAACAUGGGAAGCAACAGUUACAAGUUAUAAGCUCAACCUGAUAGGCAUACGGUAGAUUUUGAUGAUGGGAGAGAUCAUUGUGCCUCACUGGUCAGCUACCCCAGUCAAUAAGGUGCUGACCUGCCACUGUCUUCCUGCUUCAGUGGGUUCUGGGAGCUCAAAGAAGCACUUGACAAGUGGACCGGUCUACUGCACUAGGCAGCAAAGAAAAGAAAAGAGAUUGACUUUACUGCUGAUAGCACACUCUUCCAUUGUCUCUUGAGACAGGCGCGUGCCAGCAACCACCUACUGCCAUGUAGAGAGCAGUAGGACUCUCCCUUUAUAUUCCUACAUCUACACUAGAUAAGUGGUGUGAGAUUAUUUUCUUUGGAAUCCACCCAAAGGAAUCCAGCCAGACCAGAACAUCGAUGGUUAAAACGCAAACUUGUUCUUAAUUAAGAAACUUCCAGAACAAGGAGUCAUUAUAUAGUGAGUUGCUCUGGUGUUCCGACAUAACAUACUUGACUGCCCUACUUGUGAGAAAUUGCAGUCAAACGUAACUAUGAAUAUGUGCUUGAAUAUGUGAAUGAAGGGGUUAAGACCAGAGAGGUCUAUUCCUAGACUCAGUUAGGUCACACCCCCUUACCUUCAUGAGGGAAGAAGUGAAGCUACUUCUCUUCCUCUCACACUCUCUCCACACCAUGUAACUGACCAGGACAGAUAUGCCUGAACUUGCUCCAAUGUUUGAACCGCAAGUUUGAAACUAUGCUCUGCAGUUUACACCCAAGAGUAUUCUACCUGUGUUCUCCUUGCUGAUGCAUGGAACAAUGCAUGAACCAGACCUUUGGAUUUAGUAAAUGAAGCAUUUUAAACUGUACAGUUUGUGAUCUGUUCAUUGCAAGAGGGGUAGAGAGCGCUGUAAGAAAUUAAUCAUGAUAUGAAAAGGGUCUAAUAGCCAGUAUUCCAUGCUAAACUGCUGCUUAAUUUUGAGUGUGCUUUUAACUCUGCUUGGGGCUCUGUCCCACUGGAGAGUGUGCAAAGCCCCACGCUUUGAAUCUAGGCACCCAGAUGAUUCUUUUGUUAAUUACCCACACGUGGGUAAGAUCUAUUUUCCCUCCACACUUCUCAUAUUCAUAACAGCUAUCUUAACUCUCACAGAUGCUUUCAUUAUCCCUCUUGCCUCAUAUCCCCUCAGCCUCUCUGUCUCCCACAGCCCCACUCUCCCCACUAUGGCUGUCGUUUCCCAACCAACACUUAGUCAUUCCUUCUAACUGUAUCCAAUAUUCCACCCCACUCACCCACUGCCAAUUGCACUUCUGCUAGCUCUUCUGUCACACAUACAUGCAGGUUGUCUAAUGUGAAGUGCUGGUAUGAGAAGGGAAAAUACAGGUGUAUACAAGGAUAAUUCCCUGGAUACAGAAGAGGAGAUGUGGCUGCCUGGAAGGCUUUCUUAGUGAUAAUGCCACAGUUCUGAAAUACCCUCAUCACUGAAGGCGGAACCAACUUUGACUAUUUUUCAGGAUCAACUGAAGACUCUCCCCUUCUGUUAGAUCUUCUGAAAGGAUCAUUAUUUGCCAGAGAGUUAAUUGGUUGGGAAUGGUUGCAUUUUGAAGUAAAUUAUAUUGUCCCUUUUAUUGUUUAUUCAGUAUAUUGUCGUGACCUAGUCUGAGCUUACAUGUGAUGAGGGGUGGAAUAUUAAUUUUAUAAACAAAUAAUAAACAGGCAACUCAACCAUGGAAAAUGGUGGACUGGUCCAUUGCAGAAUCAAGGAAUAAUAGAAUAUAGAGUUGGAAAGGACUCUGAGGGUUGCCUAGUUCAACCUCUCGCAAUGUAGGAAUCCUGUCCACAGCCGUCCUUCGGUGGCCUCAAACCACCAAACUUCCGGUUAACAGCCAGACACACUGACCCAUUAUCACACACAAAAGCCCUAACUAUAACAAUGUUAUCAACACAUGUCAAUCAUCUUUUUCUUUUUGAGCUAAAAAGUAUCUGAGACUUUGACAUGCAUAUAGGCAUUUUAGUAUUUAAGGUAAAAGGUAAAGGUAAAGGACCCCUGGAUGGUUAAGUCCAGUCAAAGGUGACUAUGGGGUUGCGGCGCUCAUCUCACUUUCAGGCCGAGGGAGCUGGUUUUUGUUCACAGACAGCUUUCCAGGUCAUGUGGCCAGCAUGACUUUACCGCUUCUGGUACAAUGGAACACCAGGACAGAAGCCAGAGCACACAGAAAUGCUGUUUACCUUCCUGCCACAGUGGUACCUCUUUGCACUGGCGUGCUUUCAAACUGCUAGGUUGGAAGGAGCUGGGACAGAGAAACGGGAGCUCACCCCGUUGUGGGGAUUUGAACCACCAACCUUCUGAUUGGCAAGCCCAAGAAGCCCAGUGGUUUAGACCACAGUGCCACCCACGUCCCUAUUUUUACCUUUACCAUUUUAGUACAGUGGUACCUCGGGUUAAGAACUUAAUUAGUUCUGGAGGUCCGUUCUUAACCUGAAACUGUUCUUAACCUGAGGUACCACUUCAGCUAAUGGGUCCUCCCGCUGCUGCUGCACCGCCGCCACAUGAUUUCUGUUCUCAUCCUGAAGCAAAGUUCUUAAUCCGAGGUAUUAUUUCUGGGUUAGCGGAGUCUGUAACCUGAAGCGUCUGUAACCUGAGGUAACACUGUAUUUAUACCAGCAGCAACCACUCACCCACAAGUGUCCCUUGAUCUUUCCCAGGUUCCCAGUAUUCUUUGGAUUAAUAACUAUUUAAAUUGGUAUGAUACUGCCCUAAAUGUAUGGUGUCAAUAGGAACACAGGAGAAUUCUCCUUAUCUAGCAGGAAAUAUUUCUAAAAAACAAUGGCAUUCAAUUUGAAUUCAUUGUAAUGGAUUGCUAUGAUAACCUAAUCCAGGUUAGGCAGGAGACUGCGCUGCUCCUUUUGACAGUGUUGCAGGUCUAAUUUGCCUUUUUGAAAUUUUUUUUUUAAAAGAACAGUUAAUUGCCAUGACAUACAUUGCAAAUAGCAACUAAUUAAUGUGUUUGAAAUCUUGUUUCAUGUCACUAACCUCUCCCUCCGCUAAAUUGCCUCUAUGUGGGUGCAGGAUAUCCCUUUAUACCAAUGACUCAUUGGAAUUCAUGAACUUAGAAUUAUGAGGCACCUAAGAUGAUAGGAAGGAAAGUAUAACAGUCAUACAGUGGUACCUCGGGUUACAUACGCUUCAGUUACAUAUGCUUCAGGUUACAGACUCCGCUAACCCAGAAAUAGUACCUCGGGUUAAGAACUUUGCUUCAGGAUGAGAACAGAAAUUGUGCUCCGGCGGCUCGGCAGCAGCAGGAGGCCCCAUUGGCUAAAGUGGUGCUUCAGGUUAAGAACAGUUUCAGGUUAAGAACGGACUCCGGAACGAAUUAAGUACUUAACCCGAGGUACCACUGUACUAUAAUUCUUAGUGGGACAAGUAUGCUAGUCAUUUAAGAACCAAAGGGCUAUCUAACUCAUCAUCCUUUCCCCGUAGCAUCCAACCAGAUGCCUCUGGGUUGCUCACAAGCAAAAUGUGAAGACAAUAACCCUCUACCACUCCUAUUCCCCACAACAGAUAUCCAGGGGCAUGCUGCUUAACCCUGAAAGCAGCAUACAAAAGAACACCUUCUCCCAAGCCCAAAAGAGGUGUGACCACUGGGAGCUGUCUGGCUGACGUUGCCCCACAACAAGGUCUUUUCAGUGGUGGUUCUCCAGUUGUGGGAUGCCAUCCCCAGUGAAGUGUGCCUGUUUGCACCAUUAUUAACUUUCAGUAUGAAUUUGUAGAACAUUCCUCUUUAACCAGGCCUUGAGUGCCUGAAGAAUGCUGUUUCUGUCAACCUCGAGAUCAUUGUUCAGAAGAAUGUAUUUAACUGUAACUGACUUGUGACAGUGAAUUCCAUAGUUUGGAUGGAUAGAGUGAUUUUAUUUCUGUCUUAUGCAAAACAUAGGGAUAGUACAGAUACCUACAAUCCAAAAAUUAGUAGCAGAUAUAGAUUCCUGCUAGCAGUGGCGUAGCGUGGGGGUGCAGGGGGGGCCGGCCGCACCGGGCGCAACAUCUGGGGGUUAGGGUUAGGGGGCGCAAAUCCAUGGGUUAGGGGGCGCAAAUUACUUGCCUUGCCCCGGGUGCUGACAACCCACGCUACGCCACUGCCUGCUAGGACAAACACCAGAGAAGCAAAUUUUUGGAGCUGCUACUUCAAAGAUGGUUGCCACCUUACUUGUAAUGUCUUUAUUAAGGUCUGCCAACAGAUCACAAGUCAUAUCUGUUAGGGUCCAGUCAGGGCCAGGGGUGCAGGCGAAGGAGGGGGGCAAAAAUCAGCUAAAAAUAUGUCCAUAAAUAUCUAUUAUUGCCUCAUAAGAAAUGGUUUUAAAUAGAGAGUGAAUUGAAUGGGUGGAAGGUGGGGUGGAGGAGAGGCUAGGGAGCGCAAUCUGGACAGUUCUGCCAGGGAUGCAAGAUCAUCUAUCUACGGUUCUGGGUCCAGUCAGCUCUUGUUCUCAAAAGGUCUCUGGAAAAAUGCACUCUGAGAUCUCUAUACAAGGGACACUGCAAAAGCGAAUGUAUGACAUCUUUCACCUCCUCGAUAACACAAAUGCUCACUGUGCAUUAGGAAUCCCCUGUAUACAUUCCUUCCAAAAAGGCUGAAGGCAUUGUUUGGAAACACAGGGCAGUGAAAACUUUUCUAAGGCAACGAAAGCUUGGUCUAGAAAAUACUGUUGAAAAUACUGAUCUUUCCUCAUUAAAACUUAAACCAAGGAGAAAACACUUGAUUGGCAGGAAUAUUUUCAUGAGAAUCUACCUCGAAAACUCUGUUUCUGAUGAAAAAGUGUACCAGGGAAGUCUGGGCAUCUUCAAAGUAAUAUUGUGACAAUGUCGAUGAGUAAAGGGCCCAUCCACCCUUGUCAUGUUGUUCUAUGAAACUUUGUUUUUGCCUGAUUAUUUUCCUCAAAAUUCACCAGUCUUUUCCCAUGAAGUAUGGUCAUAUUCCUCUAUUCUAUGUAUUUUUUUCUGGAUUUGUUGAAAGAAUAAGAAUGUGACUGUUUACUUGUCAUUUUGUUCUGUAGUACAUUUAAUUUUCCCAUUGAUUUUGUGCAUGCCAAGACUUCUUGCUUUAUCCAUGUGACAUACUAACAUCUGGGUAAUCUUGGGCUAAUCCAUCAGGUUUGUUUAGAUAUGAGAUAGUUUAGAUAUGAGAUACCUCCCUACAGUGUAGGAUGCUGGCCAAGAUGCAAAUCCUGUCUCAUUAUAUUGUUGUAUGGUUUGCAUGGUAUGCUUGUUAACACUUGCAUUUGAAGUUACUCCAUCAACUCUGCAGAGUGAUUCAGAUAUAUUUGCAACAUUAACAUUGCAAACUCUGAUAAUGUUAUUACACAUAAGGCAGGCGGGAAUGACUCCUAAUCAUCAUAAUCAGUCAAUGUAAAAUGUAAAACAACAGGUGAUAAUCACCUGCCAUGAAAUUUUUGUAGUAAAACAGAAGUGGCUUUACAUACUUUUUCAUUAAAUGAACCACGUAAUAGGACAAACCCACUGUUUAUUCAAUAAAAAUGUCUUUCGUUUAAGCUAACAUAACUUUAAUUUUCACCCUCCUGUUCUGAUGAAGUAAUGUUCAGCUGGUGAAGCUUGUGUCAGUGUGUUAAUACAGUGGCACCUUGGUUCUCAAACAUAAUCUGUUCCGGAAGUCCGUUCCAAAACCAAAGCGUUCCAAAACCAAGGCGCGCUUUCCCAUAGAAAGUAAUGCAGAAUGGAUUAAUCCCUAAACAGCAAUUUAACAUGAAUUUUAACUAUCUAAUGAGACCAUUGAUCCAUAAAAUGAAAGCAAUAAACAAUGUACUGCAGACACACAAUCAAUCAAUCAGCAGCUGAACUGGGUUCCACAGAGUCACAAAAACAAAAAGAAAACAAAAAGAGCCACACAAACGUAAAAUAAAUAGCAAAAACUGACAGACCUCAGUGUAACACUCAAAUCGGAAGUGUAGCACUCAAAUCGGAAGCAUAACACUCAAAAUGGAGCACACUGGGCUUCCGGAAAAAGUUCGCAAACCAGAACACCUACUUCCGGGUUUGCAGUGUUUGGGUUCCAAGUUGUUUGAGUAUCAAGGCGUUUGAGAACCAAGGUACCACUGUACUGUGGUUUUCAAACUUGUUCAUGUCAUGGAACUGUUUCUAUAUAUAUAUUUAACACCUGUGCUUUUUACUACAGAAUCCCUGCACAUUCCAGAGGAUUCUGGGAGAGAAUUACGGUGUUUGCUUGGUUCACAGCAGGGCAGGAACAGUGAACCUGUGGCCCUCCAGAUGCUGCCUACAACAACAACCUUCACCAUCCCUGACUGUUGCUGGUGAGAGAUGGCAGCCAACAACAUCUGGAGGGCGACAGGUCCUCCAGCCCUGAUGCAGGGGAUUCUCACUGAAGCCCAGUAUAAUCUGAGAUUGUGCCCUAAAACACACCCAGCCCUUCUCUAUGGUUGCCAUUUCAGUAUUCUUAGGAGAUCAAUAGUGCUAGAAGUGUCACCUCCAUUGCUAAUUUUUCAAAUGAAGAAAGCCCUGGGAAGUUUCCAAGGACAAGUCAGAUGUUGCCAAUACUGAAUUCAGUACCCAAAAGCCUGGUUUGGUGUAAGGCAGCGUUCUGCAUCCCUGGCAACCCUAGGUGAUGCUGGCAAGCCCUGGCUGAAAUUACUCAAGUUUCGUGCAAUUAAAGUGAACUACUGAAUACAUAAUCCUAGCUAGAGGACAUGCAAAUCCAUGAGCUACUUUCAGCUGUUCCGUGGCAUGAAUGUAAAAAUGCAACUAAAAAUCAUGCUCCAUCUACCACAGCACAUUGCAAUUAAAAAUCAAUAAGAGACAUGCCAAAACCCCCAGCAAUUUUCAAGAGGUCCAUGGAAGAGAAAAAUAUGGGAGCGACUGCCAUAAAUCAUCAUAAUAUAAAACAGAAUAGAUGAAAUGAUAUAACAAACGUGGUGAGAAAUAAAGGAAAAUGAAACAUAAAUCAAUAAAACCAACUUAUAUAAAGCUGGCAGUCAAGCCCACAAAUGGCAUAAUUACUUAGUUUGAAUCAGAGGUCAGCAACCUAAGGCCCAUGGGCUGGAAGUGGCCCAUGAGGGUCGCUUAACCGACCCAUGAGCUGCCCCUGAACCGAGCUGCCCGCUCGCCGAGUCCCCGCUGCUGCGCUAAACUGGCAUGGCGUGGCACGGGGACUCUCUUUUGCAGCUCCGGAAAUCGCUUCUGCGCAUGCCGAGAUGCCGGAAAUUGUAUCUGCACGUUUGCAGUGCCAGAAAUCGUUUCUACGCAUGCCCAGAUGAUGGAAAUUGCUUCUCCGCAGGCACGAUUUUCGGCAUCUGGGCAUGCGCAGAAGUGAUUUCCAGCACUGCGGACAUAUGCAGACGCAGUUUCCAGCAUUGUCCUGCGCCAUCCUGGAUCUCCAUGGGAAUGAUCUGGCCCAUGCCCAGUAAGCCUUGCCAACCCCUGGUUUGAAUGAAGUAAUUGUGUCCCUAGAUUUAAAAUAGCAUUGUAUUAGUUUUCAGAUUUAGUUUCUGUAAGCAACAAUUAACCAUGAUAAAAUGUACAAACAUAAAAUCAAAAUAACUGAAAUUUAUGAUCAAAGUUUUGCAAAAGUGUUACACAGUUUAGCUCAUGCCCUGGCUAGCGCUGUUAAGAAAGUAGCAACUCUUUUCAGUAACUUCUGGAUAGCCUUGUUAAAGCAAAAUAAGGCUAACUUUUGACACAUUGGCUAAUUGGAACAAUUUUCAACUGAACCAGCAAGAUAUUUUAAGUGUAACUAUUAUCUGUGUAUUGGCAUUGUUGAUACAAUGAUGCUUUAGACCAGGCAUAUUUGGACUGUGUACACAUUCCCAUCUAUUCUGCAUCCAGCAUGCUUCCACCAUUGCCUUGUGAAGCCAUGUAUGCAUUGUAUUAGCCACAAUCCACAUCUAUCCUGUAGUCUCCCAAGAAAUACUGCAUGUUGAUGUGUCUCUCUCCACCUGCCCACAACAGAUUAGAUUUGUAGCCAAGACAUAUGAAGACAUCCAUGCCCCCUCUCUACCCACAGGCGUGGGCAGUGGGCAACUUGGAAAUGCAUCAAAAAUACCGAUGCUCACAAUGACAUGCAAAUGCUAUCUGAGAUGCAGGGAGUGGGUGCUGGAUGACCUCCCUGCAGUUUAAGUUGGUAAUGUGUACACAACUUCAGUUUUGACUAACUUAAGUUCACUGAUUUCAGUGGGUCUUUUCUGAGCAUGACUGACUCGAGUACAAAUCUAUGUCUGCUCAUUGAUUUUUAAAGUUUUGUCUGUGCUUUAAAUAUUUUUGAUUCACAACAGGGGUGCCAACUUCAAUAAAAUAUGGGGGGCAGGUAAGCCCCACCCACAUAAUUGAUCACAAGACACAGUGCACAAACAUCAUUUGAAUGGCAAUGGCCAUCAAUGGGGGGCCCUCAAAUAUUUUAUAGGGGACUGAAGGGACCUCGGCCCCUAGGAGUUGGUUCCGAUGAUUCACAAUCUGUCUGUCAGUCUACUAAUUAUCAUAUAAUUGGAUAGCUUCAUCACCUCUUUUAGAUUACUAUUGUAAGGUGUCUUGAGUCUGUGCAUGUUGUGGGGUAAAAGUUUUAAAUUAAACCACAAAAAAUUAUCUCACAGGAAAACAACACCUGAUGCUUUCGUCAUCUAGCACAAAUCGGGGGAAAGGAGGUGAGAUGGCGAUGGAGAAACAUCUCUAGGCAGAGCCUCCUUCGUAAUUAGUGUUCUUUUCUCCUUCUUUUCAUCUGAAUUGGGUCACUAGAAUUAGGGAAAACUGCUUUGAAAUCACUCAGAAAACAGCUGCUACCUGAGGGAGUAUUCCAGCCUUGAGAGAAGUUGCUCAAGUUAAAUUCUUUAUCUAGCACAAAUCAAGAGUUCUCAAGUAACUACUGCUUGACUGUAAACAGAAAUGGGAGGGAGGGAGAUUAAGAAAGUACCUUUCACAACUCCAUUCCUCUAAACAAUGAGCCUCUUCCUUUUGUAGCUAUCUUAUGAACUUCCUCUUCUACCUGAGUAGGAGAAAAUGGGCUGGCAUUUACAUUCCUAAAGGGCGGGCCUUGAGUUUAGUUUUAAGAUGCCUCCUCAAUUACUGUUGCCAGCACAACAGGCUGUAAGGAUGUUUCAGGAGCACCUUCCAGCUCAACUGCCUUUCCCAGCUAAACAUGCCUUCAAUGUGCCGACCAAAACAGCAUGCUGUUCCAGUUCAUGUCAGGUAGGCAUUCUAUAAAAGAAAAAAGUAUAUGGGUCUACCCCCUACCCAACUCUGGAUAUUUUAUUGAGGGUGGUUGACUUUCUGUUAUGUGAGCCACCCAAGAGCUGAUUUUAUGGUUUUGUUCUCAAUAUUUUCCUUUUCAUUGCUCUGUUAUAAUUGUUCUCUCUGUUUUAUAUACCUGUAUUUUUUCCGUGUAUAAGACAAUGUUUUUUGCAAAAAAAAAUAGUCAAAAAUUGGAGGUCAUCUUAUAUGGGGAUGUGAAUGCACAGGGGUUUAGGCUUGGGCUCUGGGGCAGGUGGCCCAGGUGGCCUGAUCUCAGGUUCAGGUUGGGGUUCACUCUCUGGCAUGGGCAUGGGUGGAGUUGCUCAACAACUCAAGUUGUGUCCCUGUGGUGUCCACCCCCUGCGCCAGAGGGUCAUGCUCUGCUGCUUAGCACUUCCACCAACCAUUCCACCACUGAUGUUUAAAUAUAUGGUACUAAAUAUACUGGUGCUUUGAAUAUUUAAGAAAAUAUCAACAUUUUUCAGUUUUAUGCUUAAAAUAUUGAUUUUUUUAAAAAAAUGGGUUAAAAAAAAAGGGGUCGUCUUAUACAGGAGGGCAUCUUAUACACGGAAAAAUAUAGUACAUUACAAAACACUACAUUGCAGGAAUAGCCUGGUUCCCAAGGGAUCAAGAACUGGGGUUGUUGUUGUUUUGCCUGCUAACCAGAACAGCAAAGAGAGACAGGUUGUUGUCUCCACCAAACUAUGUUGCACUGUGUAUCUUGAGGAAGAUAGUCAGUUAGUAGAGAUACAAACAGGAUGUAAUAGAGGUUCUCUGAACAAGACUGUCUGGGAAAGUAGGUUACAAAUACAGUGGUACCUCCAGUUACAAACGGGAUCCAUUUCAGAGGCCCAGCCAUAUCCCGAAAUCUUCGUAACCGGAGGUGCCUCUUCGCUUGUGCGAGGCACACAGAGCGCUUCUGCGCGAGCGCGAGCGGCAAACCCACUUCUAGGUUUGCCACAUUUGCAACCCCAAAGUUACGUAGCCCAAGGGUCCACUGUAGAGUCAUUACUGAAUGCUUGGAAACACCAAGAUUCCUUAGACUUGCCAAUUGGGGCUUUGAGAACUGGGAGGAAAGUAACCCCAUGAGGCCCUGGCUUGGCUUUCAUGCCAGAGAAGCAGGAGGGGAACAUAAGGCUUCAGUAGAAUGUAACAUUUCUCUACAGAUGCAUCAGUUCUUUCAUUCUCUGUUUCAUUCAUUUCUCCCAUAGUUUAAAUGGAGAGAGUGAGUAGGUACCACAGUGGUGGGAAUCCAGAUGGAAAGUUUUAAAUGCAAAGGUUUGUUCAAAAACAACAACCCAAGCAUUCAUGCUUUAAUGACUUAGACUGCAAGCCUAUACACACUUACCUGAGACGUGGGUGGCAUUGUGGUCUAAACCACUGACCCUCUUGAACUUGCUGAUCAUAAGGUCGGCAGUUUGAAUCCGCAUGAUGGGGUGAGCUCCUGUCACUUUGUUCCAGCUGCUGCCAACAUAACAGUUUGAAAGCAUACCAGCACAAGUAGGUACCGCUGUGAUGGGGACGUAAACAGUGUUUCCGUGCGCUCUGGCUUCCAUCACAGUGUUCUGUUGUGCCAGAAGCGGUUUAGUCUUGCUGGCCACAUGACCCAGAAAGCUGUCUGCAGACAAACACUGGCUCCCUUGGCCUGAAAGCGGAGAUGAGCGCCACACCCCAUAGUCAAAUUUGACUGGAAUUAACCCUCCAGGGGUCCUUUACCUUUUACCUUUUAUGCACUUACCUGCAAGCAAGCUUCUUGGAUUUACUUCUGAGUAGACAAGUGACUGCACUUUAAAAUUGAAAAGAUGGCAUUAUGCCAAAGGGAAGGGUGCCAUUUACAUUCUUUUGACCUUUUCCUGCAACUCAGCAUUCCCAGUCAAGAAUAUGUGCCCCAAAUCAUCCACUGAUUAGUUUUUUUUUUUAGUGUUGGCUCUCACUGCUUGCUAAACCAGGUAUUUAAUAACCAACACCUCUACUUCAGAAUUUCAACAUUUAUUCCUGUUUGAAGUGCAUGCUAUUGCAACAUGAUAAAGUUGUUGGUUUACAUACACAGUUUAUCUUUUUAAACGUUGACUCCUUUCUGUCCCUUUGCCUCCCUCACAGGACUUCAGUAUAAAUGCAUAUCCAGUGGAAAGCCUGGGAAAUGAACCCAUGAACCUGUGCAAUGAAGUGCACUGUAAUUCUCAAUACAAGGUACGGUGGGCAUUUAGAAUUGGGGCAAGGGUGCUUGUAUGUCAUCUCUGGAAUGAAAGAAUCAAAGAAGGGUAAAGGAUGAAAGCUACUUACCAAGUAUCUGAACAGAUGAACAAUAAGGAGUUUUGGAUGUGGGACCUUUGAAUUGGUUUGCCUUAUUUAUAUAGUCUCUGCAGAUUUUAAUCUGUUGCAAUUGUCCCAUAACUUUAGAAUCUGCUGUUCUGAAGUUUAUGUGUUGAAACUUCUAUUAUAUUUCAAUUUGUGUCAUUAGGAUUCUUACCAUAGUAUGAUCUGGGCCGUAUCCUGUAAGCUCACUUUGGGCACAUGUUCGAUGCGUACACACGAUAAGUUAGUUAAAGUGGGGGCAGCUUAAAGGGAGAUAAGGGGCUGUAUUUCCCCAUUGACUUAUUUACUCAUUCAUUCAUUAAAACAUUUAUAUUUCAUCCUUCUCAUGUAAAAAAAAAUCACUCUUCGUAUUUUUCAAGAUGAAACAUUAAUAAAACUACACACACACACACACACACACACACAAAAACACACAUACCUACAAUGACCAGCAGUUAAAAAACCGUAGAAACAUUGUCCGCCACAUAAAAUAAAACUCUUCUGGAAUAAAAAGGUAUUCAGUAGCUGGUGAAAAAAACAGUGAGGGAAGGGCAACCUGUACUUCAGAUGUUGCAGUCACUAAGAAGGCCCUGUCUCUUGUCCUAUCUAGCUGGGCUUCCCCCACCCUAGGAGGUCCCCAGAGAAUCCCUCUCCUGCUGAUCCUAGAGGUCAGGAUAGCAUGGGAGGACAAGAUCCUUAAGGCACCCCAGACCAAAAGAUUUAGUGCUUGAAAGGCAAUGGCCAACAUUUUGACUUGCGCCAGGGAGAAAAUUGGAAACCAGUACAGUUGUUCCAAGAUUGGUGCAAUGUGAUCCUAUGGUUAAAUGUGACCCACCAGGAAUUUUGCAGCUGCUUUUGGGACCAAUGGACACUUCUGCAACUUCUUCAGAGACAGCCCCAUAUAGAGUGUACAAUUCAGUAACCCAGCAUAGAUAUGACUAAGGCAUAUGUUGUCAUGCCCAGGUUUCAUUGCCACUGGAAAGUCUGCAGCUAGAGCUGCCAAGACUGGUGUACCGUUAUAGGCUCAGAUCCAGCAGAUGGUCCAGACUCUGAGGUGUUAUCUUUUUAAAGUCAGUCUCUAGCCCUUUGACAAUGAAAGCUAUCAAGCAAACUUUGUAGGCAACCAUUCGAAGCUACUGAUUUCUGAAAUAUGUUACUGCGCCUAGUAAGUAAAGUCAGAGCUAUGGAUGGAAUGCUAUUGGGAAAUUUAGUGUCACACAAUUAUUAAGAAAACCUCCAAAUGACUUCAGAACGACCCAGGAAAUUCCUUCUUCAGACAAUGGAGAAGAAAAUUUGACGUUGGGUUUUUUUAUUAUUAUUUUAUUAUUUUUUGAGGGGAGGGGAGUCUUUGGUGUAUGUCUCAGGGUGCUUCCAGACUGUCACUAUUGGGGGGGGAGGUGAAAUUCAAACACAUACUGGCAAAUUCAGGUUGCACAAUUAUUGUUGAUUGGGAAGUCCUUCACAACAAGCCCACUUCCCCAAAAGAUAAUGCUUCUGCAAUAAGGAAAGUGUUGGGGAAAGGCAGUGGAAAGUGUGGAAUCACGCUUGCUUUGAUGCAACAAAUCUUGCAUUGCAAACAAAUCAGGAUGAAAGUUCGUUAAAUAGUCAACAUCAACAAUUUUCCCUGCAAAUCGGGAUGAAUGCUCAAUAAACAGGUUGUCUGGAAGCAAACUCACACGAGCUUUUCUCUGCAUUCAGAUAAUGCAGGAGGACUUUCUGGUUCAUUUUGAAGUUUCUUCAAACCUUUCUUUUGCUUGCUCUAGUUGAGAUGUGGUUGUUGCCAGUAGAAAACAAAUGAGAAAUCCAGGUUUUUAGUGUUCAGGUGACUGGGUAGUAAGGUGUUCUCCAGUGGCGUAGCGUGGGUUGUCAGCACCCGGGGCAAGGCAAGUAAUUUGCGCCCCCUAACCCGUGGAUUUUAGGUAGGGGCAGAGAGCUGCGAGUGCGAGCGUGCCCCCCCAGAUGUUGCGCCCGGUGCGGCUGGCCCCCCCUGCACCCCCACGCUACGCCACUGGUGUUCAAUCAAAAGCAAAAGAAUGUAACAAUGAAAGGAUUUCAUGCUCUAACUGUUAAAUAAAUUCUGAACAUAAGUAUGAAAACAUAAAACCUGCAAGUACAAAUCAAUUGCAGGGUUGUUGGUUUUUUUAUAAUGGUUAAGAAAGUGUGGGUUAUGCCAACCUUGUGAAGUAGCCCAGUAAUACUAAUACUGCUGUGGGGAACUGAGAGGAAGUAUUUAUUUAAUACACUGCUUGAUUGUAAACAGCAGCAGCACCCUCAAAGUGGCUUACAAAAAGAUAAAACAAGAAAAUCAAGAAAAAUGCACAGUGAUACUUUAGAAAAUACAAAAGUCAAAAUAUUAAACAAAUUAAAAGUAGUAUAUGACUACCUUGUAGUCCAUUGUGGUUAUCCCUGGAAUUGUUCAGGAGAGGCUGUGUGGUCCCUGGGCUGCUGCCUGGAUGCAGUAGGGGGUGGAGCAUAAGCUGAGCUCAAAUCCUGCCAAGAUAGUGGCAAUGUAGGUAAGUGUUUCAGAUAAAUUGGGGAAGGAAGGAAGGAAGGAAGGAAGGAAGGAAGGAAGGAAGGAAUCAUAGAAUCAUAGAGUUGGAAGAGACCACAAGGGCCAUCGAGUCCAACCCCCUGCCAAGCAGGAAACACCAUCAGAGCACUCCUGACAUAUGGUUGUCAAGCCUCUGAUUAAAAACCUCCAAAGAAGGAGACUCCACUACACUCCUUGGCAGCAAAUUCCACUGUCGAACAGCUCUUACUGUCAGGAAGUUCUUCCUAAUGUUUAGGUGGAAUCUUCUUUCUUGUAGUUUGGAUCCAUUGCUCCGUGUCCGCUUCUCUGGAGCAGCAGAAAACAACCUUUCUCCCUCCUCUAUAUGACAUCCUUUUAUAUAUUUGAACAUGGCUAUCAUAUCACCCUUUAACCUCCUCUUCUCCAGGCUAAACAUGCCCAAGGAAGGAAGGAAGGAAGGAAGGAAGGAAAGAAGGAAAGAGAUUUGUCUGGCAUGUCUUUGUUUUUGAGAAAUCCAUACUGAAUCUUAGUAAUCACAGCAUCCUUUUCUAGGUGCUCACAGAACGACAGUUGAAUAAUCUCUUCUAGGACCUUUCCUGGUAUCAAACUCACCAGUCAGUAGUUACCAGGGUUUUCCUCCCCCUCCCACCGUGAAGAUGGGGACAGCAUUUGCUCACUUCCAGUCUGCAAGAACCCCACUUGAUCUCCAAGAAUUCUCGGAGAUUAUAGACAGAGUCUCUGAAAUGACAUCCACAAACUCCUUUAGUACCCUUGAGUGCAGUUCAUCAGGCCCUGGAGAUCUGAAUUCAUUUAAAGUAGCUAGGUGAUCCUUUAUCAUCUCUUUUCCUAUCUUGGGCUGAAGUUCCAUUCUUGCAUUAUUAAUUCUGAUACCACCAGUUUGGGCGCUGCUUUUUUUGGGGUAAAGACAGAGACAAAGUAGGUGUUGGGUGUUCCACCUUCUCUCUGUCACCCAAUAGCAUUUCUCCAUCUUUUCCAUGCAGAUGACCUACUCCUUGCUUAUUCUUCCUCUUGCUUCGAACAUAGCCAAAUAAACAUUUUAAAAUUACCGGUAUUUUUAACAUCUCUUGCAAGCCUGAGUUCAUUCUGAGCUUUGGCCUGCCUGACCUUCUCCCUGCAAUUGUUGGCUACUUAUGUAUACUCUUCCUUUCUUAUUUCUCCUUUCUUCAAUUUCUUACACUUCCCCUUCUUACAACUCAGCUCAUCUGUAAGCUCCUUAUGCAUCCACACUGGUUUCUUUCAGUGCUUCCUACAUUUUGUUCUUGCUGGAAUUGUCUGCCUUUGUGUCUUCGGUAUUUCACCUUUAAGAAACUCCCACCCUUCUUGGACUCCCUUCUCUUUGACUAUUUCUAACCAUGGGAUCUCACCCAGUAGUUCCUUAACCUUUUUGAAAUCAACUUUCUUAAAGUCCAGAGUGCAAGUCCAACUGCACUCAGUUUUCCCUUGCCUUUGUAUAAUUAAACACUAGAGGUCAUGAUCACUUCCUCCUAAGGUUCCCAGUACUUUCACUUUGUCAGUCAGUUCCUCCCUGUUAGUGAGGACCAAGUCCAAGAGAGAUGACCCCCUUGUUGUUUCUCCCAUCUUCUGGGAAGCGCAAUUGUCAGUGAGGCAAUUGAAGAAUUUGUUGGACCUUACAUUCUUGGCAGAGUUUGUAUUCCAAGAGAUAUACCAUAGUAGUUCAAGUCACACAACUCUCCUUUUUUAAUGUUUGGUAAUCUGAUGUUGGAAGGCAUCAUCCAAGUCUUCAGUUUGGCUUGGAGGUCUAUAGCAGUAAGGUGGCUCUUGUUUCCAUUUUCUCCAUUUUUUACUCUCUUUUUUUUUACUCUCAAUCUGCCUUCCAUACACCAAGUCAUUGAUCUAUUCGCAAGUGUACAUAUCAUUUGCAUACAAUGGUACUCUUCCUCUCUUCCUGUUUGGUCUAUUCCAUUGGAACAGGUUAUACUCCUCAGUUUCUACAUUCCAGUCACGAGUCUCAUCCCAUGAGGUUUCAGUAAUACCUAUUAGGCCAUAUUGGCAACCUUGAUUAAGAGCUCAAAUUCUUCUUGCUUGUUUCUCAUACUCUGCAUUAGUAUAGAGACAACUGAAAUCAUGAGACUUUCAUCCACACACUGCUACCUCUGUUCCCCUCAGAGUGACAGGAAUCAUUCUGUACACUAUACUUUCCACUGGCACCUCAGUAUGUUCUGGAGUUUGCAACUACUGUUAUUGCUACUCUGGCCAAGAAAUGUCCAAAGUUAGGGCAUGGAAUCAGUUUUGCAGCUCCAUUUGUGCCCACUCCCCAACUUUGAUUUGUGGAACUGGCACUGCUACAGGUGCCACAUAAUGCGAUUCAGCAUUUAUAAGAAAUCAUUUUUUAGUUUAGCAGCAACCAUACUUUGGAACUCCCUGCCUUAAAAAAAACCCAAAAAAACCUAUGACAACAAUUACACAUUCAGCAAUUACAAAUUAAAGAAACAAAAAAAAAAUGAAAGUAAGAUCAUAAUUAGAGAUGGGAAGGCCUGGGGGGAACCAGAAAAAUGAGGGGGAACACCAAUUUUAUUCCUCUUUUUCCUUGUUUUUCCCAUUUCCCCGCUCCCCCCCAUUUCCCCUGUUUCCCCCUGUUUUAUCCUGUUUUUACCCCAAAGCUGUUUUUUUCCAGAAAAUUGAAAAAAACCAGUUUGAUAUGGUUUGAAUAUUCCACCCCCCCUCAUUUCUUCCAGAAAAAAAACGGCUUUGAGAAGAAAAUAGGGGGGAAACCAACACCCCCACCCCAAUUUUUCUGUUUCCCCCCCAGGCCUUUCCAUCUCUAAUCAGAAUUACAACCAUUUGUAGUACCCUAAUACAUUAAAUACUGACAUUCAAUAUAUGCCAGAUUUGUUUUGGUUUCUCAGACAACUCCCUGGCUAGUGACUCUGUAUGUUUUCUGAUACCUGCUUAAAACAUUUUUAUUUAUGCAAACCUACCCAGACACGUAUAUUUUGUUGUGUUUUAAUUUCUUUUACUGUUAAGUUGAAUGAUGUUCAAAUGUUUUUAACUGUUUCAAACUGUUUUAUUUAUAAUGUACUUGUAAACUGAUUACUGUAGAGGUUUUACUAUAAUCAAGUGGUAGAUACAUCUUGUUAAGUAAAAUAAAUAAGUAUAGUUAUUCCAGGGAUUUAUUUUUAUCAGACUUCUCCCCAUUAGCUAAUGUGCUGCUAUUCUCUCUUUUUUAAAAUAAUUUUUAUUGAGUUUUUUCUCUUAUAACAAUAUCUGCAAUCAUUACAUUACAUUCAAGUUUCACUUUUCCCCUUUCCCUACUGACUUCCCUCAACUUCUGUCCUUGGUUUAUUACCUCUCAUAUUACAAUCUGCUCUUUGUAUAUACUUCCAUAUUGUCAUACUACAGUGGUACCUCGGGUUAAGAACUUAAUUCGUUCUGGAGGUCUGUUCUUAACCUGAAACUGUUCUUAACCUGAAGCACCACUUUAGCUAAUGGGGCCUCCUGCUGCUGCUCUGCUGUUGCUGCACGAUUUCUGUUCUCAUCCUGAAGCAAAGUUCUUAACCCGAGGUAAUAUUUCUAACCCGAGGUAAUAUUUCCAGCAGAGUCUGUAACCUGAAGCUUAUGUAACCUGAAGUUCAUGUAACCUGAGGUACCACUGUAUUAUGUUCUUUGUUCUUUACAAAUAAAAUUGCAAAUGUUUAUUUAAAUCCUGCCAGUGACUCUAUUGUGCUGCAAUUCACUACAUUGGUGUCAGAUUUGUACCCGUUGAUGAAAAAUUAGGUCCAACCUGAAAACCAUGAGAGUCCAAAUGACACAGAAAUGGACUUGAACUGGAAACACCUUGUUCCAUGUGCCUGAUGAGCCAUAGAUGGAAGAGAUUAGAUACGGGCAAAGUAUUGUCUUUCAACUGCAAUUCCUCAUAUGCAGAAGAUUAGUGGCCCAGCUCAUAGAGAUGUUAUGAAGACAAACCAGAUAGGGACUAUAAAUCAUCUCCCCCAUUUGAAGUGCUAUAUAAGUGAUAAAUAACAAUUAUGUCAGCAGCAACCUGCCCAUCAACUUUACUCAGAGCCCCACCCACAGGAAAGAACAGUUAGGAGAAGUGCUUGGGAAUGCUUAGUUCUGAUGACAAAGAUUAUGAUCAAACACCUUUCCUACAGGAAAUGAUGAAUGCCAUUUCAUAUCUAGGAUGGCUAGAUAUCUGCAGCAUUAUUUUAUUUUAUUUUUUAAAAAACACACUUUAAUGGUGUAGGAGGCACUUUCUUUUCGACAUUAAAUAAAAAAGAGUAAUAUCACAUGAGAAAUUACGUCAUAGCUUCCAGCUGAAUUCCAUGUGACAUUUAGAGUGAACAGGAAAGAUAAAGGAAUUGCACGACUCCUCAUAAGAUGCACCCUGAUAUCAAGUGGCCAAAGAAUAUCCCUAAACCUCUGAGAGCAGAAGACAGGGAAUAAAUGUCAGCUGAAGCAGGCAUCCUUCAGUUGUCCAGUUGCUUGAAGCAUCAGUGCUGGGUGUUAUUUAAAAGUGAAACAAAACAAAGCAAAAAUAGGGUGGGGUAUUAAAAUGAAUUUAAUACCCAAAAGAAAAGAUACUUCCAUAGUGUUGAAUUCAUUCUUGCUUGUUGUUGUUGUUGUUGUUGUUGUUGUUAAGUAUUUGCUUUAGGGUCAAAUGGUGUUUGUUCAGUUAUAAUGGAAGAAAGUGGUCCAAACAGAAUUCGCUAUUUGGAAAUUAGCGAAUAACCUGGGAGUAAUGGUGGUUAAUUCCAUCUUUCAGAGCUUUCAUUAUUAUUUGCUAUUGAAAACUGAUGCCAGUUGGUGAUCUGAACACGCCAAGGACAUGGAGAAUGUGCGCUUCAUUCUUUAGCCUAGACCAGGGGUUGUCAACCUGGUCCCUACUGCCUACUAGUGGGCGAUUUAGGUGGGCACAAGCUGAAUCCUCCUUCCAUCGAGUGCUGGUGGGCGGUAAGGAAAUUUUGCCAUCAAGAAAGAUGCAUUAGUAGGUGGUAGGUAUAAAAAGGUUGUCUUCCCCUGGCCUAGACAAUUACUUAUAUGUUGUUUUGCAGAAUUAUUAACCAUUGGUUAGCUUGCUGCUCUGCUAGGUACUUGAUUAUCCAAACACAAUUUAAUAUUCAUCCUUUCCUUUGCUUUGCUGUUUUUCAGCAGCUGGAAGAAUUUCCUUGCAACUUGCUUACUGUAAGAGUCAUACGAAUGAGAAAUCUUCGCCAAGCUGAUGUCUGUGAGUGUUCUUCCGUUCCUCUUUCAUAUUGCUUUUAAAGUUCACUCACUCUUGAUAGUUUGCACAUCUAGCUUCAUAUGUGCUGCAGGAUUUCAUAGCUGACAAGAUAAAUUGCAUACGAAACUGUAUUUAUAUCAGUGCCCAAGUAUGGCUUGCUCAUAAACUCUUAAGUUGGGUAAGAUAACUAUUUGCACUGUUUGUGGGUGGAAAGGAGAACAGGAGAAUAAACUGGUUUGCCUGGUUUGCCUUGCAAAAGAUCUGGUGAAAAUAUGGAACAGGGGGGAAAGCAGAGUGGUAGGGAUUGUUUUGGCUUAGGCUGCAACCUCUACACAUUUACCUAGGAGUAAAUUCCUUUGAAUUUAAUGGGGCUUAUUUCUGAGUUGGCGUGCAUAGGAUUGCACCAUUAAUCACAAACAGGUUGAUCCCAUAUGGUGAUGCUAAAGGAAUUUGAGUAGUCCCCAAGUUUAUUUGAAAUGUCCACCAAAUUGGUCUCUUUAAUAUAUGGAGGUUCCUGAGUAAAGGAGAAAGAGCCCUCAGAUAUUCUCACAAUCACUUUUCCUCAGAGAACUUAUAUCAGGUCAUGUCCAGGCCAGUAUUAUCUACUCUGACUGCCAACAGCUCUCCAGUCUAAGGAUAGGGAAGAAAUUCAAUGCCAUUCACAUUUAAAGCUGAAUUUAUCAAACAGCCUUCAAAAUUCACACUUAUCUGAAUUUUGUGCCAUUAGUGAAAAUGGCAGACAAAACAACAUUAUAUUAGUAGAAAUUGCUUGCCAAAAUGCUUACAUUAGUCAAAACUGUGUACAAAAACAUGUUUAUUAGGAGAAAUUCACACUAAAAUGCUAAAGAAUUUUCCUGAGAAUCUUUUUAAAAACUGCAAACUGCAGCAGAAAUGGUAAGGUCAGGUUUUAGGAUUGGGAGAACGAGAAACUGAAAUAACAAGUAUUGGCAGAUCCUUCCAUCCUUACCAGCGUCUUAAGCAAAGGCCUUUUCCAUCACCUGCAACCUAAUCUUUCUUUUAACUGAAGAUGCUACAAAUUGAACCUGAGGAAUUGUGCAUGCAAAGCACAUGCUCUGCCAUUAGGCUAUGUCCUCUAUCUCAAGAGAGGGGCUCUCCAUGAAUAAGUCAAUCUCUAGCCACCUAUAUGACAGACAUGAAUAAUGACCACUGUACUAAUGUGGACCUGAAGCCCGCCCUGCUUUAUGGAGUAGUGAACUGCUGCAUAACCCACAGAUCUAAGGGAUAUCUGAGAUGUCAAUCUCAAAUAACCUAAGGUGGCAAUUAUGGGCUCUGUUACCUCCUGCCCUUAUGGAGAAGUCACCAGAAGCCUGCAUCCAGGAGGUAGUACACCACACAAUGCCCAGCCCAAUCUUAUGGAGAUAUUCAAUCCAGUUCUGCAUGUCCCUGGGAGCCAUAGAUACCAAAAAGGAGGGCUCUAUGCAUGGAGUACCAGUUUAUAAAUGUGACAUCACUUGCGUGAGGGCAAUGCCCAUGUAGAAUAAUUUAGUUGAAUGCUGCCCCAUAGAACGUGGAGUUGGAAGGGACCCUGAGAAUCAUCUAACCCAACUCCCUGCUAUGCAGCAAUCUUCUGCGUGGUGAAUGACCAUCCAACCUCUGCUUAAAAACCUCCAAGGAAGGAGAGUCCACCACCUCCUGUGGGAGUUUGUUUCACUGUCAAACAGCUCUUACUGACAGAAAGUUCUUCCUGAUGUUUAGUUGGAAUAUCCUUUCUUGUAACUUGAAGCCAUUAGUUCAAGUCCUACCCCCAGAGCAGGAGAAAACAAACUGUUCCCUCUUCCAUGUGACAGCCCUUGAGAUAUUUGAAGAUAUCUAUCAUAUCUCCUCUCAGUCUCCUCUUUUCCAGGCAAAACAUACCCAGCUCCUUCAAGCGCUCCUCCUAAGGCUUAUUUUCCAGACCCUUGUUGAUUUUGGUUGCUGUCCUCUGUACAUGUUCCAGCUUGUCAACAUCCUUCUUAAAUUGUGGUACCCAGAACUGGAUACAGUACUCCAGGUGUGGUCUGACCAAAGCAGAAUAGAACAGUGCUAUUCCUUUUAUUGGGCCAUUCUGUUGAUGCAGCCUAGGAUAACAUUGGGGGUUUUUUUGUCUUUGUUUUGUUGCUGCUGCUGCAUCACACUGUUGACUCAUGUUAAGCUUGUGGUAUACUAAGACCCCGAGGUCCUUUUCACAUGUAUCCCCCAUUUUAUAUCUGUACAGCUGGUUCUUCCUGCCUAAAUCUAGAACCAUGCAUUUGUCCCUUUUGAAAUUCAUUUUGUUAGUUUGGGCCCAGUUCUCCAAUCUUCUGGUUCCAUCUUCUGCAACAUUAGCUUCCCCUCCCAGUUUGAUGUCCUCUCAAUUCCUUUGUCCAUGUUGUUUAUAAGGCAGACCCAGGACAGAACCCCGUGGCACUCCACUUGUCACAUUUUUCCAAGGAUGAGGAAGAACCAUUAGUGAGUACUCAGUUUUGAGUUGAAUGUGCUUAAGAAUAAUGACUCAAGACAAUGUGCUAUGGGAUUAAAAUUGGCCACAACUUUAUUAAGUUUCAGAUGUAGGGAGACCUUGGCUCAGGCAUUGGGCAUUUAUCCUUCCCAGUCCCCAGCCGGGGAUCUGGGAGACUUCAGGGUUAUCCAGAAUGUGUGGGGAUUGGGCUGGCUCUGGAGGGGAGAGCAAUGACAACCUCUUGGUGUAUGGCCAAUGCCUCCCCUCAAGACCCCUUUAACAGGGAACCCUGGUAUCACCGCUGCAAGGGGGCGUGAAUCACUGCUUCACCCCCCCCCAUUUAGGAAGCUAGACUAAAGGAUUCUGCCCAAGGCCUGAAACCACCAAAGUUGUGACAUUUUGCUAUGGGAAAGGCAAAACCUGCCAAUGCAGGAAAAUUCCUUUCCGGCCCUUCAACAGUGACCCUGACAUAGCAGCGCCUGCAUACCUGUGGAGAAGAGGUUAACCUGCAAAAGAAGACUUAACUGAGGGAGGGGAGGGUGGGAGAAGCUCUGGAGCCGACUGCCACUUUGCAGGUAAGAUUCACCUUCUGUUGUGUGGGUAGGACGGUUCCUCCCCCUACCUGGCCAAUGCCCUGGCAACGCCUCCCCAAGCAGGAUUGGGCGAUUGGCUGAGGUAGGCGGAGACCUCCAGGCAUCCAGCCUGGGGAGGAUGAAGCCAGGCCAAACUACCAGGAGUCGCACUGGCUGUGCGCUACCAUGCAAAAGGCGCCCCCAUUUGAUGUGGGGAGCGGUCAUUCUUAAAUUCCAUGCAUAAGAAGAGGCAUCCCAGCCCUGCUCUCUCUCUCCCUCCCCACUUCCCAUGGAAGGUAUGAAUAGGAAUUAUAGGUGUGUUUGGCUCAAUACAGUUUUGCUCCUCCCCGCAGUAAGGAGAUUAUGCAAGGCUCCUGAUUACAGGAACAACCACAUGAUGUUCAGCUGAAGUGCUUACAAGGCAGUUCUCCCCAUUCCACCCUGCAUUUGCAACAUGCAGCACUGUUUUCCAUUCUGCUGCAGUUUGUCUUCUGUUAUUUGUCUCACUGUCCUCUGUGACAAAAUCAUCCACACUAUAGUUUGUCAAGGGUACUGGGAAUUAUAACUCUGUGAAGUGGAAGCUACAGUUCCCAAGAUUCUUUGUGGGAAGUCAAAUGCUUUAAAUGUGUGUUGGAUGUUAUUCCACCCCAUUCAUUUCAGCAAGAAGGAAACACAAUGCAAAUUGGAAGGGGUUGUAGCCAGUUACAUUUCUGGACUGAAAACAAUGCAGCUGCAAAUAUCAAUUGUAUCUGUAGGAUUUAUUUCUGUUCUGGACAGGGGACAAAUAAGCAAACAAAUAUGCAGUCUGCUUUCCAAUGUUUGUUUUCAUUAAAAUUCCCUUACAUUCCUACUUUCAACCCCUCUUCAGACUUUCCCAUAUGAAAGGCUGACAUGCAACCCCGCCCUCCCCGCCCGCUGCCCGCAUAAAUACAGUUUAGGAACUUCUGAAUAGAUUUGCAACAAAUGUAUUUGGGAAUAUAUUGGAAAUGGUCAUAUGAACAGGAGUUGCAGUUGGUUUAUUUGCAUACCUUUUUGUUUUGGGUGUUCCCAAAUUAAUGGUUUAUGUCCCUGUGAUUUUGGUUUAAGUAGCUUGGCAUUAAUGUUAGGGUGGAUACAACAACACUGUCAUGAAGCUUCCUACAUUGCUUUAUAUAAUGUGGCCACAUUAUCAUAAUAAAUGAACUGAGAUGAGAUGCCAUGAGCCUUGUGUGGUUCUUCUGUCUCAUGUCUUCUUCAGUAUUGCUGUAAGGAGAAGUCUAGAAGCGUUUGUUUCUGUUUCUGUUUAACCACAGUUUGUCCUUUAAUUUGCAAAUCAACUAACUGUGGUUGAUGUAAAUGAAUCUGAAACAUCAUAAUGUUGUUUGAGGCAAGCCAAUCUGGAACCAUGGUUUACCAUGACAUCCAAAUGUAGCCAGUGUUGCCUCUAUUUGAAUUACCCAUCCAACAACAUAAACCAGGACUGCACACCGUAAAAUGUAACACUUUCUUAUUGUCAAGGCCAAUGAAAAAGGAAUAAUGUACAUCAAUUGGUCACAGUGUGGAGAUUUAUUUAAAUUGUUAUCUGUGGUAGCUGUCUGCAGUUCAAUUCAUAUUAUAUCUAAUAAGCUCACAAAUUUGUGUUCUGAACAAGGCGGUUAUGAGUUUUGGCAACAUAAUUAGAAAAUUGUUGAAUGGUUUCAUUCAAUGACAGGAGUAGGGUUUGAGAUGUGUGCCAAAGUGAUCUCACUUUAGCAAAACCAUUUAAGGUGUAUUUGCCCUGAUUUCCAAACCAUGUUUGGGCAAAUAUUGGAAAGGAGUCUCAACCAAACCCUUUUUCUUUGUCACUUCUGAAUUACUACCAUGCAGUGAGGAUAUGGACAAAAUGCAAGCUUUGCAGCUCGUAAUGAAGAAAUUGAAACUUGUGAGAGGAAAGUAUCAGAUUUCUGUGCUAAUGCCUCCAGAUCAAAGUGCACUGAAAGGGACAACAAAUGCUGACAAUACUACUUACUAUGCUAUUCUUCUUUUACACAGUAAGCCAGUCUGAUUGUUACGUGACCCUCUGGUUACCUACUUCUUCAUGUGAAAAAGUGCGGACCAAAACUGUUAAUAAUAGCAAGAACCCCGUUUGGAAUGAAACGUUUUAUUAUAGGAUUCAAAACCAAGUCAAGGUGAGAAAUUGAGCUAUUCCCCUUUCAGUUGUGCACUGUUCUGAGCUGGCUUUUUCAACAAGAUAAUACCAUCACAUGUGCAUUCUUCUCCUGCUCCUAAUACGGUGGUACCUUGGUUUAAGAACAGCUUAGUUUAUGAACAACUUGGAUUAAGAACGCUGCAAGGUGAUGUUUUGGUUUGUGAACUUUGCCUUGGAAGCAGAACAUGUUUCACUUCCUGUUGAGUGUGUUCCAUUUGUAAAUUGAGUCCCUCACUGCUAUGGGAAAGCACACCUUGGUUUAAGAAUGCUUUGGUUUAAGAACGGACUUCCGGAACGGGUUAAGUUCGUAAACCAAGGUACCACUGUAUACACGAUCCUUUGCCUGUUUUUGAUUGCAAGACAUCUGCAUAUGUGUGGAUGGGUAGUAUCCAUCAGCAGGGCAGUGCAAGCAAGGCUGUGCAAGCAGCCUCCAAUUGGCUCUGUUGCCCAGUCUGCACCAUCCUGAGCUCCUGGUUGUCUUGCCACCCCUCCCCUUUGGUACUGGCAGCAGGCCAUGACAUUGGGAAGAUGGGAGAGCAAUGCAGCCCCGCCCAUGGCACCCCACUGACUGCUAUUGUGUUUGUGCAAGGCAUCACUGGAGGGGGAGGGGCAAGGUAUGGGGAACUCAGCACUGUGCAGAUACAGGGAAUCCAAUCCUCCUCCCUCAUGGCAGGCUGCCAGUAAUGGAAAAAAACAAGAAGGUAUUUUAUUCAAUAUUCACAGAGAUGUAGGACGUUGCCUCUUAGAUAAUGGCAUUGCUUUGAAUAAAAUCCCCAUCCCCUCCAUCUCUCCUAUUAUAUGUCAUCCCUUCGUCGGCUGAUCUGUGCUUUCUGCCUCUGAGCUUUCUGUUCUCCUACUUUCCAUGCCCGCCAGGUCCUGGGAGAGGGGGGAUCUGGAAUGCUUUCUAAAGAUACUGAGUCUGUCAGCUAUCUCUCCCCUGGUGGUGCUUCUUCUUCUUCUUCUUCUUCCUGCUUCUCUCCCAAUAUUUCUCAGCUUCUCCCCUCUGCAACCUCUGAACUAUGACCUUCAGCAAACCACUCUUGUAAGAGUGAAUCUAUAUUGUUUCCCUCUUCUCCUGGAAGUGCACCAUUCCUCCGAUGUCCAGUCCCUGACAAUAAUGGUUAAGUGUGUCAGAUUGGCUGUGCUGCGCUGCACAGCACCGAGCACUCUCUCCCCUUGCCCCUGUUCCUCCAGUAAUCUCCAGUCAUGUGCUGUGUUCAAAAGCCAGGGAAGCAAUGAAGUCUCAUCUACGUUGCCAUACAACUGGACAAUGCUGCCCAUAACGCUUCUUCCUUGCCUAAAUGGAGGAUGGAAUUUGUGGAGAAACUAGAGUACAUAUUGCAUUUAUUGGUUUGUCCACUGUUGGCUCGGACACUGCCCGUCACUAGUGUGUGACCUUUGGAAGGUUGCCCAGAAGUGAAUGACACCCUGAGAGUGGAAAAAGGUUUCCUACUCCAGACUUAGAAGACGAUUCCAAGUACCUCACUGCUCUUAUGGUUGGCAUCUGUCUUGGGAGACAACGGAAAACUGUAGCUUUGGGGUGAAGUCCUACCAUUGUAGUUAUAGUGCCUGAUGUGGCUGUACAGAACGAUAUGGGAGAGACAUUGUUUUUUUGCAGGUGGGGCAGAUGAAGGCUGCUUUUAUAGACACAGAUUAUAUCCUGCAUCUAAUAUAUUUAACUGAUUCUCACAGAAUUUGUUAGAGAUGUCUGUCUUUGACGAAGAUCUUUUCACUCCAGAUGAGCUCCUCUUCACUAUAUCCUUUGAUGUUGCUCGGCUUCCACUUGGUGAAAGAGUUCUCAUGUAUUUUAAGUCUGAACCACAGGUGAGAUCUGAACACCAAGGUGGCUUGUAAGAACAAGUUUCUGUUGUGAAUUUGUGGGCACUAGACCUCUAUAAUGUUUUACUAUGUGUUUUCUAAAUGUGUUGUAAGCUGCUCAGAGUGGAUGGGGAAACACAGCCAGAUGGGUGGAGUAUAAAUAUUAUCGCCACCGCCACCACCAUUAUGUCCAGAUGAAGCUAGUGUUCGAUUUUAAUCAAUGCUUGGAGUAUUAAGACUUUGUGCUAGACUGUGUGUAUUUAGCCAGACCCAUGUGUAUUAGGCUGUGUGCUAGACACUUUUACUCUGCUGGAAUCAGCAAGAAUUAAAAGCUAAUUAAGCUAGGCUAAUAUUUCUGUGUUGAGGUGAUAAGCUUGGGUGAUGAGCCAUUAAGAAGAACAAAGGAUCAAGGGAUUCUAUGUGAGGCGACAAAUCUCAGUAUAGCCAAUAUUGAGCUGGAUGAGCCAAUGGUCUGACUCGCUAUAAGGCAGCACCCUAUGUUCCUAUGUGUGUCCCUCAGCAACUCUGCAAUGUGAUAAUUUUAAUUUCAGAAAGAAAGGAUUUGUGUACAACCAUUUCUUCUUUUUCCUUUUCUUUCUUCUUGGAAAUAGAAACAAGAAGAGCUGGAAAUUGAAUUUUUGGUGGAACCUGCGUAAGUAUGUCAAACGCUUAAAUUUUCUACAUUGCUUUCACUUUUAAAAUAACAUAAAAAUAAAAUGUGCAUUUAUUUCAAAUAAAUAAAUAUAAUUAUCAGGUGCAGAAUUAAGGCAAAGGUAAAUUAAUAAUGAGGAUCAGAAUUCCUGACCUUAGUAUACAAAGAUACAGGCAGUUAUAGAGCCGAAAGAGAGCUACACAAACUCAGAAUGUAGCCAGACUUAAUUUUUGAAUCUGAAAUUUUGUUUUUUCUGCUGCAUUUCAGUGUUCCCCAUUUUGAUUUUAAAUUUUGUUUGGAUUCCAAAGACAAUAAAUAAAUUUUGUUGAGAAAUGUUAGGACAAAAGUGUUCUGUGUAUUAACUCAAAAGCAUACUAUAGAACAACCUUACUGAAGUUAAGAAGCAGGAAGAAUAUCUGCUGUAAAGAUGAAUGUGCUACCUAAAAUGUUGUUUUUAUUUCAAACAAUCCCAGUUAACAGUGAGGUGGGACAAUUCAAAGAUUGGCAAAAAACAUUAUUGAAGUUUAACACGGGGGGGGGGGGACACCAAGAAUUAAAUAUAAACGACUUACAGAUGAAGGAAAGAGGUGGAUUCUCGCUGCCAGAUUUGAAAUUAUACUACGAGGCAUCCUGCCUCUGCUGGCUGAGGGACUGGAUAUUAUUGGAGAACACAGAUUUAUUAGAUCUAGAAGAAUAUGAUAAUUGAAGUUAAGAAGGUUUGAGUCUGGUCAGCAUUACCUGAGAAUCUGAUACAUGUCCCCUUGAGUUGUGUGAUGGAAGAAAGGUGGGAUAUAAAUGUAUACAAUGCUGCUGAAUUAGUUGGAUAAAAAUGGAAAAUUUGGUGAGCAAACUGAGCAAAACUGUUUGGUUGAAAACAUAGUUAUCGCUAGUAGGUUUCAGCAUUACUCACAACAUUAUUAUUACCAACAUGAAUAUUGCUUGCAAAUGUUCCCUUCGUUCCCACCCCCCACUCUUUCUCACACGGGGAAGGAUGCCUCACUUCCAUCUCCUAUAAACAGAUGGUUGGUGCUGAUCUCUUGCUUGAAGGAUACUGGACCCAAAUGACCUUUUCUCUCCCUCCCAAAGAGGUGAUCAGCACCGACCAUCAGAUUGGUUAAGAAUUAUCUGUGCAGGCACAAAGCCAGAAUUCACUUGAUCUGGGCAAUUUUACCCUUUAAGAAUUCCAUGAUUAAUAAAAAUAGAUUUCUAAGACAUCAAACCUCCAGAAAAGUUAUAAUUGACUGUCAUUGACUUUAUGUGACAUGGAGCCAUAUGGGAAGGGCUUGAUCCUGUCAAAUGUAAGGAGCCUGGAUGGGAAGCAGCACAAGUAUUGGCCAUCCACCUCUGCUGUAUGGUUUUGGUGUUCAUGCCUACAUUUACCAGACUAGUGUAUGCUGGAGCCCUCAAGAAGCAGCAACCAUAUUGCAACUUAAAAGUAAGAAUUGGGCUACAAUUUAGGUUCAUGGAAGCUAAAGCAGUGUUAAAACUCUAGGGUAAAUGGAUCUGUUGCAUUUUCUUUGAAGGGAGCCCAUUAUUUAGGAUCAGACUGGAAAGAAACUUUUGUUUGCCCUGUACCUAUACUCUUAUAUUUGUUUCCUAGGCCUGGCCCACCUGAAACCAUCAUAACAAAUGGCGUCCUAGUGGUAAUUUUUUAUUUCUGCAAUUUAUCAAUGCUGAUAAUACCUGUGUGAUCUAAGAAACUAUUGGUCCUAGCUCAACCGCUGAGAGUGCUCUGCUACAUCAGACUCAAAUGUGUUAAAUUUUACUAUCUAAAAAUGGAGCUGAAGCUUUCAGUAAAAAAGAUCUCUCUUCUCUCUUUGGCGAUCACUCGUAGCCGAGUAAGAUUGUCUUCCAUAAACAGAGUUUUAACAAUGAGUCCGUAAGUGACUGUGGAGGCCAAUUCUGGACCCACACGUCCUUCCACAGUGGGGACAUUGGUUAUGACGAGCGCCGACGACUGCUGGACAGAUCACCGGAUAAUACGCUCCACGAUGGCUAUCAAGAUUAUACCUCAACGCAGGCUGCAAGGAAGGAAACCAAGGCACAAAAUCAACACUCAAGCCCUUCAAGAUCCUAUUAAGCGGGAUUGCUUCUAAACAACUCUUAAGGACCACCUGCUCCUAGUAAAAAAGAUGGGGGGGGGUACAAAAUUCCAGAAAUCUGAAUAGCAAAUAUAAGAACUCUGCAACACAAUAACUAAAGCAGAUAAAUCUAUAAACAUACCAUAAGUCAAAAUAACAUUUCCACAACAUAUGGAGAACCAUACAAUAAUAUAGAUAUAAUGAAACCCUCUCUAUACAGUACAUGGGUUGUGCUUAUGCUUCUUCAGUGCUGCUCUUUAGAUAACUAAAAUGCUAAUAUAUGAUCUUCCUAAUGUUCAUCAGUCAGAUUUUCUGGAAUGCCAAUGCCAAACACAUUUCAUCUUGCCAGCCUUCUUUAGUAGACUAUUUUCUUAUGCAACGUCUUCUAAGAGUUCAGCCAAUUGAUAUCCAAAUAUUGUUUGAGACAGGGUUAAAAGCCAACAUCUUCAGUAAGUACAGGUUUGAAAAAAAUUACAAUGAUCAGUGUAAAAUUAUAAUGCCCAAUAGUAAGUGAAGGUUCCUAUACUGGCUUUUAACUGUACUCAAACAAGAGUGAUAUUUGGAUAUAAAUUAGCUGAACCUCAAGUAUAACAUGCAGUGUAACAAAAACUGCCAAUUCCAGCUGAUCCCUGUUAAUUUUGUUUGUUGCUCAUCUCUGCUGCAGUGUCGUGAGGUUUGCGAAUUGAAAGCAGAGGUGGACCAGAAGAAGCCCCGUAAAUCAAGUGAGUUUAUUUGUGUUGUGGUAAAGGAGGGGGAUUUAUUAACCUCUGAUACUGAUAUACAGACUAAACCAGACCCAAUGCAAGCAAGUCUAGCAAAUUCUGCUUUCCUCAAUCACUUCACCACCAUGGAAGUGCUUUCUGAAAGCUGAGAAACACAAGAAGAAGGUAAUAGACACUACUUGAAAAAACUGUGAUCUUUCAUUGGAGGGCAAUGCUACAUUUCCACAGCAAUAAAAAAGUGGGGCGGGGGGAGGAUGUUGUAAUUCAGACUGAAUGGCUGCUAUAGUAUUACAAGCUAGAGUAGACCAAUCAUUUUCCUUUGCAUGGCGAGUUCCCGCCCCCCACCAAGGAUAAAUAAAGACACCAGACACCAGAAUUUAAGGUAAAAUGGGCAAAUUAGGCCACAACUUUAUUGAAUUCAGGAAUGAGAGGCAUUGGCUUAGGCAUUGGUCCUAUCGACUAUCCGGCUCAGCCCAUUUGCUGGAGACAUGGGAAGGGUUAACACCAUAGUGGGGGAGUCUCCUGCUGAGGCACGUCAACUAGGAGCUCCCCCGGGUCACCGCUCAGGGGCGUGCCUUGGGCCACACCUCCAUAGUCUUCGGACAGGGCCACGCCCCCCGGAGUCCUUUACCGGACCACCCUUCAUUCUCUGGGGGGAGGUGAUGGCGUUCCUCCCCACACACACAUCCUCUUAACCCCUUCUUACCAAUGCCUAACCGCCAAUGCCGAGGAGUUGUGACGAGUUGCUACGAGGUAGGCGAAAACCAAAUGGCUGCAAAUUGCCAAUUGGGAAAAAUUCCUACCAUGCCCCUUGUGGCGACAGACCGAAGUCCAUAGCAAAGUCAGAAACCUACCUACCUAAAGGGAGGGAGGGUGGGAAAACGUGGGGGCUAGCCAGCGAAAGAGGGCGAGCCCCAGCCGCGCCGGCCCGAAAUAGGGCAGGCCAUGCCCCCCCAGCCACCCGAUUGGCUGGCUGGGUGGACGACGCGGCCGGGAUUCCCCUGCUCUCGCGGGGGCUGAAACCAGCCCCCGCUCAUGUGGGGUGGGCGUGAAGCCCGCAACCCCACCUCUUGGGCAGGCCGGAAGUGGCUUUACCCUAUUGACUUUUGCCUGAAAAUCCAGCUUAUCAAACUGUCCCAGGUUUCAGAUUUCAAAACAGCAAUUCAGCCUGCUAGGCAUAUUUAGCAGGCCUGGGACACCUACUAGACAGUAAGGAGGAGCUGAGGGAAAAGUGGGGCAAAGUCACCUGAGAAGGGCAGUUAAACCACUGCUCACUCAGUAGUGGGUACAGCCCAUCUUUAUGAGCACAUUACAAUAUUCUAGCCUCUUUGUGGGCAUUUCACUAACAUUCUAGAGGAGAAAAAAUGAGGACAGCAUUGUCAGUGCAACCCUCACGGUGAGGGUUGCAAAAGUACCUUUACGCACACAAGUGCCAAAGCAUCUGGGAAGUUGUCCUUGCUUUAUGAGGUACUUUCCAGUCAUUAUGGUGUUGAUCCUAUCAUUACUGACCAUUAUCUUGCAAGCUGAGAGCCAAUCAGGUCAGUGAAUUAUUGCUGUUCCAAAAUGGAGGUGUACUAAAGAUGGGAUACUGUGACUUAAAGGAGGCUGUCCAGAUCCUGGCUGUGUUGUGGGGAGGGGAUGAGCAGAAUGUUUUUGCUAUGCCAAACAGGAGUGUGAAGUGGAGGGUGGAUAUAAGAAGAGGGUAAUAAGAGUCUGCUGAAUUGGGCCAGUGGCUCUUCCAGUACAGCAACCUGUUCUCACAGUGGUCAACUAGCUGCCAAUGAUAAGCCUGCAAGCAGGACCUGAGUGCGUCAGCACUCUCUGUUUCUGCAGUUUCCAUUAACUGGUAUUCAGAAGCAUGCUUCCUUCAACUGUGGAGGUAGAACAUAGCCCUCAGGUAUGUGCCCUGCCUUUUUCCUGCCCCCUUCUUCAACUACUGAUCUACCUGAAUUCCAUCUGCUUGGACAAAAACAAUAGACAAAAGCAAAUCUCAAGGAGGCUUGCAGUAUUAUAAUUUUCUUUUCUGUUUUGGUUGUCAGUAGAACACCUAAUCCAUGCAAGUGUUUAAGAACACCAUGACUGAAAUUAGUUUUCCAGCAUAAUAUCUGGUAAUACCAUGGUAGCCCUGAAGACAGAUGCACAUUGUCAGAUCCAUUUAAAGCAGGGAUGGGGAACUGGGGCCCUUCCAGUGUUGUUGGACUCCAACUCUCCUCAGCCCAAGCCAGCAUGGCUAAUGGCCAGGGAUAAUGGGAGAUCCAAUAGCAUCUGGAGGGCCACAGGUUACCCAUCCUUGAUUUAAUGGCUAAUCCUAGUCCACAUGUUGGAGAACUUUGCAGUGUACUUUCCUCAAAAUGGUAAUGUUUACACUAAUGCGCUGAGUGGUUUGAGAGCUGAUCCUUUCCCUUUCCCAAGUGGUUUCUUUUAAAAUUAAUUGUGUUCAUCCAAAAUUGUUCAUUAUGGAAACAAAUGCAAUGGCAGGUUUCUCUUCAUGCUUUGUCCCCUGUCUUUAGAGAAAGACCUUGCGCUUUCAGUGAAAGGUUCCUGCGAAGGCACUCACUGUUUUAAGAUGGGUUCGGAUGCUCUCAUUAUACCGCCAUGCCCCACUACAUUCCACUAUGUCAAGUACAAGGAUCCGGCAAUGGACAUUAUGCUACCAAAGAAGAGACACUAUAAUCCUGUAAGUCAACUGACUUUGAAACCAUAAACGUUUCCCUUCAGAAGAAAACAGUACAAGGCUUUUCUGACUGGGAUGAUCAGUUGGGAUUCAGCUAAAUUGUUGCAUGCACAGAAAAAGGUCUGCUGGCACUACGGGACAUUUCCUCCUUGCCUCCCUCCUCUGCCCCCCCACGCCCUAAAUCUGCUCUGGAUUGUGAGGAACCAAAGAAUAGGUUUGGGGGAUACAGGAGGAGAGGUGAGGAAGUCAUGUUGUGCUACUGGACCCCAUUCCGUGUGCAUACCCUAUUUAGAGCUGCAUUUAGUUUCACCCAAUAUUUCUCCUUUUCCUCAGAUUACCUGUUCUUAUAGCACCAAAACCAAUGUUCUACCUGUCAUGUUGAAUUCCCUGCCCAUGGGAGAGAAAGUACCAAUAGUGGAGGUGAGUGCCAUUUUUCAGUAGUAGCAUUCUGAAAGUGUUAAACCAGUAGCUAAUAAUUCCUAGACUGAGUUGAUAUGGAAACAACUAUGGUGGAAAACAAUUCUACCUGCCUCCCCAGAACUUGAGGAUUCUGGAAAGCACUUUAUAGGUUCCUAUUGUAGAGGCAACUUUUUCUUCUUGAAGCAAACUUGCUUCUGUCCACUCUAAAUCCUAGGGAAUCCCAUGGGAAUGGCAUAAGACAUUCUGGGCGCUUCCAUUGUUCUACCUUGUGGAAUGUAUGAACGAACGAACUCCGAAGUAUUAAAAUGUAGGGUCUUCUGAACUUGCCAUCCCCUUUAAGUCCCUUUUAAUAGUAACUUUUAUAAGACUUGGUUCAUACCAGGGCUGAGUCCAAAGAUUAAUGCUUCAGAUUACAAACUAACUGGGGCCCAGAGGCUAGGUAUAGUUUCAAUAGUGGUCUUUGUGAUAAGGAGGAACCAUGGAGAUGCCCUCUGGACUGUGUAGCUGCAUUGCUGCAGCUUAACUGCUUAAGGCAGAGCUGCAGUAAGAUGGCAGAUGACAUCCACCUUUCUGUACAGCAACAAGUUUCAAGAACUUUUUGUCAUCAAGCGCUCUGCCUGUUUUCUCCUUUGAGCUUUGACACAAGAACUUUCUGGAUUAUUUUUAUUUUAGGAAAAGCUAACAACCUCCAAUUUUUUUUAAAGUGUACAAGUCUCAGCUAUCGCAACAGGGGUGCUGUUACAUUGAAAUGGGUGGGGGCAAUCGCAAUCCACAGCUGCAAAUAAACCUACCCUGGGCAAUCUCUUACACAGAGGUCCCCACACUCCCUUACAUAGUUGGAAUAUAUAAGGAGGAGAAGCUGAGAAUUAUGAGAUGGAUUGAAAAGCAAAUUGGGAUAGAGGGCAUCAGUUACAUCACAAAACAAAAUACAACCUGGAAUUCCUCCUUCCCAAGAGAAAAUGAUGUGUGCACAUACACUUUUUUGUCUAGGUAACAAAAAUUAAAAUCUAUACAAGGAAACCAUGGGGCCAGAGUUUUUUUAAACAAACAAACAAACCACAACAACUGGGAUAUUAACUCUGUAUGUGUCACAUUUGCAAGGCAGCAAAAAGUAAGCACGCACUCUCUUGGGAAGGGGCAGGGGCACGCAAAAUUGUUUCUCCAUCCCAUGUGAAUAUAUUGAUUAAGUCUCUGAGUAAAUGUAAGUGAUUUCACAAGUGCAUUUUAACAUUAACCAGCAGCAAACAGUAUUGUGGUGCGCUGCAAGUAGUAAAUGCCACAGGUAUGUAUGGUCCCACUGACCUAAAGCCAUACCUUGCUCCCCAUAGGGAAGCACAUCUAAGCCAUAUUCAUGCAAAAUUGGCUGCAAGUUGUGGGCUGAAAUUGACCUGAAGCCGCAUCGUGUCCCCUUCCCAGUGUGAGGCAGGAAAAAGAGAGCAGCUUACAUAUUCAGGUUGAAAAAAUAAAGCCGUUUCUAGUCAGUUUUGCAUGUGUGCGUUCACCCCAUUUCUCCAUCAAUUUGUGGUUUGUUUGUUGUUGUUGUUUAAAAAAACUGUACUAAAAUCCAAAUUUAAAUAUGUAUUUAUUUCAAUGUAUGAAUUUCUAAAUAUAUUGUAUCCAAAAAUGCACACUUUAACAUGUGUGUGUUUGUUUGUGUGUGUGUGUGUGUGUGUGUGUGUGUAAAGGUAAAGGUGCCCCUGACCGCUGGGCCAGUUGCGGACCACUCUGGGGUUGGGCGCUCAUCUCGCUCUAUAGGCCAAGGGAGCUGGUAUUUGUCCGCAGACAUGUGGCCAGUGUGUGUGUGUGUGUGUGUGUGUGUGUGUGUGUGUGUGUGUGUCUGAGAACCAUAAUUAUGAGGAUUGAGAAUAAUUAUGUUCUGAUCUUCGCAUUAGUCUAGGAGGUGCAGAUCAAGUUCAUUCACAGUAGAGUUCUCAGAAAUUCAGUUCCUUAAGCAAUCUGUGGCCACUAUGUGGAGUCAUUUUCCAGAGUUUUUUCUUCCUGUGAGGAAUACCAUAUUAUCUUAUGGUAGCCUGUUUAUGUGAAGUGGCUCACCACAUAAUCAGGACAGCUUUCUCCACAACAGUGUAAACAUCUCAAAAAAAAAAAAAAAGUAUUGCCAGUGCUGAAGUAAUAUUUAAUCACAACUUCAGUCAACUUCUGUGUGUGAGAGAGAGGGUGGGGUUUUUACAUCUAGUCCUUCACUUCAGACAAUUGGAAUGAGAGUUGUUGUUGUUGUUGUUGUUUAGUCAUUUAGCUGUGUAGUAAUAUUAAAUUAUGAUUGCCCUAUGUGACAUUUACUUCCUGCUUUUCAGAAGAAAAAGUACAAUUUGCACGUGCAAGUAGAUGACUGGUAAGUAUCCUUAAUGAUUAAUUUUUUUGUAGUGACAAUAUGAAAUAAGUUGCCUCUCAUAAUUUUGUAUGCUCUUAUGUGGUUUUCCCCCCAAUCAAUCAAUCAAUCAAUCAUUUAUUGCAUUUGACUAAAAGCCAUUACAAAUCCAGUUACAAGUGGUUUUUUGAGGGGGGAAAGGUAUUUAAACACCACAUUUGAUCUAUGACAGUUGCCAGAACAUGAUUAGAACAUUGUAUUCUGUUAAGUUGUGCGCGAACAUAUCAGACGACGCAGCGAUUCUUCCAAAGCAGCUCUUUAUUUGUAAGCUGGAACAGAACUGAUCUGAGGAGCUCAGUCAGCCUGCUUAUAUAGAGCUCCAGAACAAUGUAACUGUUGCCAUUUUCUAAAACUAUCCAAUCACUGAACGUCACUUUCGAUCCUUCAUUUGCAUAACUAUCUACAGUAUCCCCCCACUGGCCCAGGGUGAGAACUUCAGUACAUAACAUAUUCAUUUUAUUAGCCUGAUAAAGGGAAUCCAGGGAAUAUAACAUGCAACACAGGGUAAUGUUUCAGAGCAAUCCUAACACCCCACUUCCUGCCAAGUAAAUAAUGCUGUCAUUUUAAGAUUUGUUUAGAAUGGCAUCUGCCAUACUUGUGUCUAUUAUCUUUGACUGAAGCUGUGGUUUUACUGUGAAACUGCAGUUUUAACGGCAAGCUACCUUGUUUAUUUAUUUAUUAAAUUUAUAUACCCUCCUACCCCAAAAGAUUUCAGGGCAGUUCACAGAAUAAAAUACAAAACAAAACAAAAAUAAAACAAAAGUAAAUCAUGUGUGAUGUGCAGUCAUCAGAAAAUAAAAAUAUUCUUAUAAAUUUUAAAAGUUAUAUAAACAAUAAAACAGUAUUCUAAAAAACCUUUCUGGGCAUUCAGUAUGAUAUUGUGUGAAAUAGCCUCAACACACAUUAGGCUAUGUGUCUAUCUAUGCCAAAUAAACUCAAAUAACCCAAUUUUAUUAAUAACGUGGACAGCAAACAACUUACAAAAGCAGGUGAUCAAAUACUUAGCUGUAUAGAAGUUUGACUAUGAGCAAGAUAAAAUAAAUGUUAUGGAAUGGCAGUAAACAAAGCUAAGUGGGGGCUCCUUCCCCCCUCCACCUUCUGCUGAAAUUGGCCUAAACAGGAUUAGGAUUCAGCAUUAAUGCCUGAUAAAAAUACUAAGGUUUAAUCAGUUUCUCAACAAUGUGAAAAGUGGACCAGUUUUAAAUAUGGAGACCAGGGGCCAAUCUAUCAAAUAACACAAUGCGCAGUUGGGGCAGGACAAUAACUGAAUUGUCUAUGGUUAUUUCCCAUAAUAUGAUGCUGAAUGAUCCCAAGCAGUAAUCUAUUCUGUUAUAUUUCUGCUUGAUAAAAUCCUAAGAUUUCUCAUAUAUUUGGAUAAGAUAUCUAUAUAUAAUGCCUGUGUAUGUUCUAGUCAUUGUUCCUGCCCAGCAGACCUCGAUGUGCGCUUGGGAUAUGACAUAUGCUCACAGGAAGAAGAGUUCUUACACAAACGGAGGAGACAUGUUGCUCAGGCUCUGAAGCAGGUUCUCCAACUAAAUUAUGACUUGCAAGAUCAUGAGGUAUGUGAAAUGGGAUGCUGAUUUAUGCUAAGGGUGAAUUUAUUAUCUUGUGGAAUUUAUUAUCUUGCCACAUUCCACCUUUGUAAUUGUGAGACCAUUGUAUUUUAUGUUCUUCUUCUUCUUUGGCGAUCACUCGUAGCCGAGUAACAUUGUCUUCCAUAAACACAGUUUUAACAAUGAGUCCAUAAGUGACUGUGGAGGCCAAUUCUGAAUCCACACGUCCUUCCACAGUGGAGACAUUGGUUUCCAGGUGGGAAUUGAUCACGGUGUGGAUUUGCCAAGCGUGCCUUCCUCUUAGCACAUUUCUCCCUUACGUCCUGAGUUUGAAUGUCUUCAAAGCCCAUGACACCUUUGGUAAAGGCUGUUCUCCAAUUGGAGCACUCACUGGCAAGUGUUUCGCAAUUUUUGUCCAGUGCUGGUGUUUUGGUGUACUGGUGCAUUCAUUGUUUCCAGCAGUUGACUGGGAUACAGUGGUACCUCGGGUUAAGUACCGUAUUUUUUGCUCUAUAAGACUCACUUUUUCCCUCCUAAAAAGUAAAGGGAAAUGUGUGUGUGUCGUAUGGAACGAAUGCAGGCUGCGCAGCUAUCCCAGAAGCCAGAACAGCAAGAGGGAUUGCUGCUUUCACUGCGUAGCGAUUCCUCUUGCUGUUCUGGCUUCUGAGAUUCAGAAUAUUUUUUUUCUUGUUUUCCUCCUCCAAAAACUAGGUGCGUCUUGUGGUCUGGUGCGUCAUAUAGAGCGAAAAAUACAGUACUUAAUUCGUUCUGGAGGUCCGUUCUUAACCUGAAACUGUUCUUAAUCUGAAGCACCACUUUAGCUAAUGGGGCCUCCCGCUGCUGCCGCACAGCCAGAGCACGAUUUCUGUUCUUAUCCUGAAGCAAAGUUCUUAGCGGAGUCUGUAACCUGAAGAGUAUGUAACCUGAAGCGUAUGUAACCCGAGGUACCACUGUAUCUCACAAGUAGCUGCCUAUGUUGUAUAAAGCAUCUCUGGCCAUCAUUUCACCACCUUAGAAUUUCCAAAUGGGGUAAUGCCACCCACUGCCAACUGUGAAUGCAAUAUUCUAAUUCUUGGCUUACCGAAUGGUAUGUACUAUGUAUCACUUCCCUAAAAAUGUGUGGGGUUUUAAAUUUUUUUGAAGGGAGAUAAAAGCACAUUAACUAAAUAAAGUGGAUUGGCCACAUUCUACAAUAGCUUAAGCCAGUGAUGUACCGGUAGAUAUUUAAGUCUCCUGGUACCCACACAGCCAAUCAGCCUGUCAUCAGGGUUUAAAAAGCACAAGCUGGUUAUCUAGGUUUGCAAAGUAACACGCAUUGAGCUAUGCAAGUCCCAGCUAUCAGCUGAUCCUCAGGGCUUGAGCUGUGCAAGCCCUAACAAUUGGCAGUUUGCCAGGACUAACACUAGCCAAGACCUGUCAUUAUGGCUUAGGGUAUAAUCCUAAACACGUUUCUCCACUGAGCUAAAAUAGUUACAGAUUUCUUUGUCAAGUAGGCCAACUUUAUUCUUCCAGGGUUUAGCUCUUUUGAAACCCCUUUGUGAUAGUGAAUUAAAUACAGUUCCUAAGGCCAUAAACCUAUGCACAUUUUCCUGAGAGUAAACUCAUUAAACACGGCUUCUGUGGAACCUCCUUCCACAUAAACAUGCAUAGAUAUGCAGCCUUAAAUUGCAACCGUUCAUCUUCUCACCUGUGUAGGUACGCCAUUAAUACAACAACUGUAUUGUAAGCCGCUGUGUUUUAACUUCCGUCCUCCUAAACGUUUCAUCCUGCGGUAGCUGUAUAUUGAUUUCUUAUGCCUGUGUGCCAUACAGGUUCCAGUGGUGGCAGUCAUGACAACAGGAGGUGGGACAAGGUCAUUCACAACAACAUAUGGCUGCAUUAGGGGCCUAAAAAAAUUAAAUCUUCUAGACUGUGUAACGUACAUGUCUGGCUUGUCUGGCACUUCGUGGUAAGUGGAACCGUCAUGUGGAGUCUUUUAAAUCAAUUAGUCUUUUAAAUCAAAUUCCUAUGCCUCACAAAUAACCCAGAGAUGCUUUUUAAAUAAAAGCACACAUUCUACUCAUGUAAAAACGCGCUGAUUCCCGGACCGUCCACGGGCCGGAUUUAGAAGACGAUUGGGCCGGAUCCGGCCUCUGGGCCUUAGUUUGCCUACCCAUGCCUUAUAAUAUCAAAAAAUAUUAUUAUUCAUAAUUAUUAUCAAUAACAGUAUGACUAUUAUUAAUAGCUUAGGUCAUAAAAAGUGUACAUCUUUUUGUUUUGUUUUCCCCCAGGGCCAUGACACACCUGUACAGAGAUGCUUAUUGGUCCCAGAAAGAUCUUGAUGAAAAAAUAAAUGAGGCUAAGAAACAAGUGACCAAGAGCAAGAUGGAGAUGUUUACCAUGGAGCGCAUGAAAUAUUAUUAUCAACAGCUGAGUCAACGGAAACAAGAAGGAUACAAUACAACAUUUAUAGAUCUCUGGGGGCUUGUCAUAGAGUAUUUGAUAAAUGAUGGGGUACAGUAUCAAAUCUUUCUUUUAGUUCUAAACAAUUGUCAAUACCUGCAUUAUAAAAAACGAAGGGCAACAUUGCUAUGAGAAUUCUGGAGGAAACUGCAAAUAGUACAGGGGUACCAGGGGUGGAAUCCAAUGUAACAUCAAUUAAAGCCAGUGUGGUGUAGUGGUUAAGAGCGGUGGACUUGUAAGCUGGUGAACCAGGUUCGAUUCCCUUCUCCUCCACAUGCAGCUGCUGGAUGACCUUGGGCUAGUUGCACCUUGCUGAAGUUUCUCAGCCUUUGAGACUCUUUAAGGUAGUGAUAAAGCGGGAUAUCAAAUCCAAACUCUUCUAAAUGUUCCUUCAUUGCAAGGAGUUCUUCCACAUUCCAAAAUCUGUUCUAGGAGUUCUCCCAACCCUCUGGAGUAGAUCUGGGAAGGGCACACAUGGGGAUUAUUAUUAUUAUUGUGGGGGGGGGGGAUUCCUGUUCUGCAAAUGGAAAUCCUUAUAAUGACAGGACAUGGUAGUUGAAAAUCGCCCCAGAAGACUCUAAUGUGAAAAUAUUAAGGUUAAAUUAUUAGGGUGGCAGGCACUUAAAAUAUCUAUAGUAUGAUCAUUCCAGGGUGGAAUGUCAGUAAUGUAAAUGCUAAAAGGGGGGGGGGUUCAAAUCUAUGUCCCAAGAACCUUAUUAAUGUGACAUGUUUGCAUAUACUCAGGAUUGCUACUGGUGCCCCUGAUCUCCAUAUAUUUCCUGGAAUAUCUCAACAGAAUUUACAAUAAAUGUGCUGAGGUCAGAGUGAGGGGUGUAGCACAGACAUAUAUCCAGGUUUCAUUUCUGAACAAAUUUCAAUAACCUAAGGCUUAUUGUACCAUCACUUCUAUUGGGAUAAAGUGCCUGAUUUAGCCACUCAUGGCCGGGGGUGGUGGUAAUCAGGCAAUAUUAAGAUGUUGGUCUGCAUUAACAGAAGCACGGGGUCCAGCCGUCAAGAAGCAAUCAUCCCACUCUGUUCUGUACUGGUCAGAGCAUCUGGAAUACUGGGCAGCACAUUUUAAGAAAGACUUUGAAAACUGCAGUCCAUUUAGAGGAGGGCAACCAGUAUGAUGAGGAAUCUGGAAUCCAAAUACUGUGAGGAACAGUUUGAAAAAGCUGGGUAUACUUAGCCUGGAGAAGGUUAUGUGGAUAUAGGAUAAUUAAUCACAAAUAUCCUGUCCUGUCGAAGAUGGGACAGGGUUUGUUCCUCUGUUGCUCCAGACAGCAUGACUAGAACUAAAUCUCAGUUGUCCAUCUGCCAAGGAUGCUGCUGUCACAAGAUUCCUACCCAGAGCAGGAAUUGGACUAGAUGAGCUCAGGAUUCCCAUUCAACUUCUAAUAUUUUAUGAUUUAGGUUUAUUUUAGGCAUUGGUUUAAACACUAAGAUGAUUUGCUAGUUGUUACUGCAUGUGUCUGUUCCAUGGCUUUGUAAGUAACGUUUCCCUCCUCCCUUCACAAUUAGAAAGAUUGCCACAGGCUUUCGGACCAGAGGGAAUCUUUGACAGAUGGACAGAAUCCAAUGCCCAUCUAUGUGACCAUCAAUAUUAAGGACAAAUACAGCACUCAAGAUUUCAAAGGUGAGGGGAAAGAGUAAGGAAAUCAAAUAACUUGUUCUGCAUUUGAAGCUCUUUGGAAUCCAUGACAUGUGAAUGACAAAAAUCACAUAUUUUGCAUAUCCUCUAACGGAUAAAAUACUGGUUUUAGGCUGAAACUUGACCCAUAAUAUUUACAAAGCCAUAGCCUAGAAAUUUAGCAUUAUAUCUGGUACCCUAGACUAUGAUAGGGUCAUGGUCGCCUCUUAGUCAAUAUUCCACUAUCUUUUCAGAGCUAAUCAAAUAUUUAAAAUAUUCAAACGUUGGCAUCAAAAUCGGAGGUCAGUUCUUCUAACUGCUUAGCAUUUUAUUUUUAACAUUUAAUCUGAAUUCAAGUUUCCUAUACAUGUGCAAAUAUAUACACUUGCAUGUGGUAUAUCUGUGAGAAGAACAUAGCUCCCUUUUAUACUUGUAAAAAGGCUCAUUUGGUCUGAGAUGGAAAUAGGUGGGUCAAACCUUCUGUUUGUUUUGUGUGAUACUGUGGGCAGCUGAUUGCAGUGAGCGUUUUCGACUGCUUUAUGAGUUUAUACGAUUCUGUGCCAUUUCAUUACAUUUAUGCUGCAGCGAGUAAACAUCUUGGGAAAAUUAGCAGAAAAUAAUACCCGAGAACCAAACUAUUACACAGUUAGGUCCACAAAUCCAAUGGCCCUUGCAAUGCAGCUGUAUACUCAGAAGUCCCAUUGUGUGGCGAUUCCCGCCCCCUCCCAAGAUGGAAUAAAUAAAGACACAGGACACCAGAAUUUAGGUUAAUGGGUGAAAAAUGGCCACAACUUUAUUGAUUACAGGUAAGAGCGGUCUUGGCUUUAGGCAUUGGCCCUAUCAGACUAACCGGUAUAACCGGGAAGGGUUAAGCACCAACAGGGGGAGCCCCCAAGAUGCACAUCCCUUUGCGCUCCCCGAGGGGUUACCGCUCGGGAGCGCGCUUUAGGCCCUAGCCUCCAUAGGUUUCGGACGAGGCGACGCCCCCCGGAGUCCUUUAACGAACUACCCUUCAACAUUUGGGGGAGGUGAUGGUGUUCCUCCCCCCCAUCUCAUUUGCAUAAUAAUACCCCUGCCAAUGCCUAACCGCCCAAACCAAAGGUGUUGUGACGUUUUGCUACGAGGUAGGCGAAAAAACCAAGUGGCUUCCAAAGUAUAGCCAAUUAGCCAAAUGGAAAAACUCCUACCAGGCCCCUUGCGGCGACCAGCCGAAGCCCAUAGCAAAGUCCAGAUGAGAACCUAAAGGGCGGGAGGGUGGGAAACCACAGCUGCUGAAAGAAAAGAAAGGGGCGAGCGUGGGCUGCCCCGACCUUAAAUGCCCCUUACAAGUACCGCCCCCGCCGCCAGCUGAUUGGCUGGCGCAGUGCAUGAUGAAUCUUAAUGACCCCGGGAUUCCCCAAGUCCCGCGGGGCUGCAGCCAGCCCUGCGAGGGUGUGAAUGGAGCGUGAGCCCGCAACCCCCCCCCCUUCGUAUGUCGGGAGUGGCUUUGCGUACAAUGGGGCUUACAUGCAAAUAGGUAUAUAUAGGAGAGCACCUUUAUGAUGUAAUUCUGUGUAAGUUCCUUCAGGUUCAAUGCAUUAAGUAUGUAUAGCAGAUGUAGGGAGCUUUUGGCUCUCCAUAUUUUGCUCACCUCCAACUUCAAGUAUGGCCAAAGGCCAGGGAUGAUGGGAGUUGUAGUUCAGUGACGACUGGAGCACACAUCAUGUUCCCCACACCUGAUGUCUAGGGCUGCAGCCUUAGACUUAGAAUUAGGGGAGUAAAAAAAUUCCAUUCUUAAACUAGCCAGAGUACUAGCCAGUGUUUGCUUAACCACUUAUUCUCACAUAAGGUAAAAGGUAAAGGACACCUGAAUGGUUAAGUCCACUCAAAGGCGACUAUAGGGUUGUGACCCUCAUCUCGCUUUCAGGUCAAGGGAAUCGGCGUUUGUCCACAGACAGUUUUCCAGGUCAUGUGGCCAGCAUGACUAAACCGCUACUGGCACACGGAGGACCGUGAUGAGUGCCAGAGUUCACAGAAACACCAUUUACCUUCCCGCCGCAGUGGUACCUAUUUAUCUACUUGCACUGGCAUGCUUUCAAACUGCUAGGUUGGCAGGAGCUGGGACAGAGUAACGGGAGCUCACCCCGACGCGGGGAUUCGAACCGCCGACCUUCUGGUCAGCAAGCCCAAGACGCUCACUGGUUUAGACCACAGGGCCACCCGCAUCCCACGUAUUCUCACAUAGACUAGCCUCUAUGUGUGAAGCUAUUUGACUGGAAUUUUUGGUUUAAAAGAAGUUCUCUGACAAAUCAUACCUGGUUAAUAAGAAUCAGAAAGAAACCAAGGGGGUAGGUUGUUUUUUUUACCUAGUGUGGGUGCAGCAGCUGUGUGAUGCCCUCUGGGCUCAACAGAGAUCUGUUUCUCUCCUCCUGCUGCACAUACAGACAGAUCAUGCACUUGGGACAACACAGAGAAUGGGAAGCUGGUCUUACAUGACCUGCAGAGGCCCAUUUAGAGCUUAUCCACACUUUCCUUUUGCACCACUCUUUCCAGGCACAAGUCCAUACUUAAAAGCUCCAUGUCCGAGGAAGCAUCAAUUCUAGUUGUCUGCAGAUUGCCGUUUGCUCCACUUGAGCUUUAAAGAGCAGGUUUUUACAAGGCAAAAAAAGGGGGGUUGCUUGAACACAGCGUUCUAAGGUACAGACCAUGCCUUGGAAAAGCGGUGGAAAGUUAAGUGUGUGUAAGCCCUUAGUUUCAUUAUGUUUGAAAGUCACCUUCUCUGCUCUUACAGUAUUUUAUUUCCUCUGAUUGCAGAAUGGAUGGAGUUCACUCCCUAUGAGGUUGGGUUCCUGAAAUACGGAGCAUUUGUGCCUUCAGAAAACUUUGGAAGUGAAUUCUUCAUGGGCCGCAUGAUCAAGAAACUUCCAGAAAGCCGAAUAUGCUAUCUCCAUGGUAAUGUAUUUAACUGCCUUAUGGGAACGUCAAAGUAUUGUGAUAACCUCAUUAGCAGGAGUAGUUACUGUUGUGGCAUCUCUGUUCCCCUUCUGUAGCCAAGGAAAAAGGUUUGAAUAAUAAUAAUAAUAAUAAUAAUAAUAAUAAAAAAUUAUAUCCCGCCCUCCCCAGCCGAAGCCGGGCUCAGGGCGGCUAACAACAAUAAAACAGUACAAAAAUACAACACAACACUCUAAAAUCAUUCAUUAUAAAAUUAAUUCAAAUUAAACCACUGGCAACCAUUGGGCCAGAGCUCCGUGAAGAUUACCGAGGAAGGGAGUCAGGCUGUGCCCUGGCCAAAGGCCUGGUGGAACAGCUCUGUCCUGCAGGCCCUGCGGAAAGAUGUCAAGUCCCGCAGGGCCCUGGUCUCUUGUGACAGAGUGUUCCACCAGAUCGGAGCCACAGCCGAAAAAGCCCUGGCUCUAGUUGAGGCCAGCCUAACCUCUCUGUGGCCUGGGACCUUCAAGAUGUUUUUAUUUGAAGACCGUAAGUUUCUCUGUGGAACAUACCAGGACAGGCGGUCCCGUAGGUACGAGGGUCCUAGGCCGUAUAGGGCUUUAAAGGUUAAAACCAGCACCUUAAACCUGAUCCUGUACUCCACCGGGAGCCAGUGCAGCUGGUAUAGCACCGGGUGAAUGUGAUCUCGCAGCGAAGACCCCGUAGGAGUCUCGCUGCAGCAUUCUGCACCCGCUGGAGUUUCUGGGUCAGUCUCAAGGGCAGCCCCACGUAGAGUGAGUUACAAUAAUCCAGUCUGGAGGUGACCGUCGCGUGGAUCACAGUGGCUAGGUCAGGGUGAGAGAGGUAAGGAGCCAACUGCUUAGCUUGGCGGAAAUGGAAAAAUGCCGCCUUUAUUAUAGCUGCAAUCUGCACCUCCAUGGAAAGGGAGGUGUCGAAGAUUACACCCAAACUCUUAACGGACGGUGCUGGCACUAAUUGUGCCCCCGCAAGAGAUGGGAGUUGCCCACCCAAUCCCAUACCAUCCCGUCCCAGCCACAGGACCUCUGUCUUCGAAGGAUUUAGCUUCAACUGGCUCCCACGUAACCAUCCAGCCACAGCUUCCAAACAUCUGGUCAGUGUGUCUGGGGCCGAGUCAGGAUGGCCAUCCAUCAACAGAUAGAGUUGGGUGUCAUCAGCAUACUGAUGGCAACCCAGCCCCAAACUCCGGACAAGCUGGGCGAGGGGGCGCAUAAAGAUGUUGAAAAGCAUCGGGGAGAAUGUCGCACCCUGAGGUACUCCACACACCAAGGAGUGGCGCGAUGACAAUUCCCCCCCAAGCGCCACCCUCUGUCCCCGACCAGAGAGAAACGAGCGCAGCCAUUGAAGGACUGUGCCCUGGAUCCCCACAUCGGCAAGGCGGUGGUCCAGGAGUUCAUGAUCGACCAUGUCGAAAGCUGCUGACAGAUCUAAAAGAAUCAGCAGCCCCGACCCGCCUUGAUCCAGCUGUCUACGAAGAUCAUCUGCUAGAGCAACCAGAGCCGUCUCGGUCCCAUGACCAGCGCGGAAGCCAGACUGGAAUGGAUCCAGAGCCAAUGUUUCUGUUGGGAUACUGCCAGGGAGACAAAGUCCAUCAUGACUCCACGUCGUCUCCGUUGCAACCCAUCGAUCUCCCAUAGAUACAGUAUCAGCAAUUAGCGACACGAGCUCCAGAAAUAGCUUGCCACAUUCCAGAGCUGAUGCACGCUCUAUCAGCAGAUAAUGCACAGCGAAAGAUGCACGCAGGAGAGCAUUAUUUACAAGUUUAUUCAGCGUUGGUCAGAACAAAGAAAACAUGACUGCCUGCUUCGGUGUCUCAGGCACAGAGAGAGAAACAAAAGCAAAGACACAACAGAAACAUCCUGUGAACAGGAAAUACGCAGGCUGUGACACAAACAUCCUGCUCCCUUUUAAGGUGGAACGGAAAUAUCCUAACAUCCUCCCCCUUUCCGUGUAACCUGUAGUACCUGUGGUUCAACCCAAUUGCAACCUCUGUACAUAAACCUUAAGUUGUUCUCUGUUAACAACCUUAGACAACAGAUCAGCAGGAAUUUCAUUUCCUGGCAUGUAGGACACCUGAAUGAGUCCUUUCUGAAUACUCUCUCUUGCACGAUGUAGCUUAAUCUGCAAGUACUUGGUUCUUUGCUUGCAACUCUCUGAGUUCAGCAAAGCCAAACAGGAUCUAUUGUCUUGAUACACUUGUAUAGGACAUUUCACAGAAACUCUGAUGUCCUUAAACAGUUGCAUCAACCAUUCACAAUCCAUGAGUGAAAAUGACAGAGCAUUGAGUUCUGCUUCACAGGAACUUAGGCUUACUGUCGUCUGCUUCUUGCACAGCCAGUCAAACAGACAGUGGUUGUACAUGUAGCAUACUCCAGAAGUGCUUGUACCAUCCGUGGUGUCACUUCCAAAACUAGCAUCUGCAAAGAUUUCAAGACCUCCAGUCUUCUGACUGGUGAACCUCAGCCUGUAGUGCAAAGUCCCUUUCAAAUAGCAGGCUAUGCGCUUCAGAGCUUUCCAAUCCUGAACAGUAGGAUUGUUAGCAUGUCUGCUAAGCAGGUUAGUGCUUACAGCUAUGUCAGGUCUUGAGCAUCUAGCAAUGAAAUUCAACUUGCCUAGAAUGCAUCUGUACAGCGUAGUGUCAGAAAACGCUUCAGCAGUACUAUCUACCUGGUAACCUGUCACCAUCGGUGUGUCUGCUGGGUUUGCAUCAACCAAAUUCAACCUGGUUAAUACAUCAGCAAUUUUCUGUGUUUGGUGUACCAGAAAAUUACCUGCUUGGUCCCUCUCCACCUGCAGAGAAAGAUAGUUGGAUACCUCACCAAGAUCCUUCAUGUCAAAGUGCUCCUUCAGCUGAGCUAGGGUGCUUUGGUACAAAGCCUGAUUCUUCCAAAACAUCAGAAGAUCAUCAACAAAACAUAAACAAUACAGUUUGUUUUGCCCUUCCUCCUUGACAAACACACAUGGAUCAGCUUUGCCCUGGUGAAAACCUAGAGAAAGCAAUGUCUCAGUGAGUUUUGUGUUCCAACACCUGACACUCUGCUUGAGACCAUAUAAGGAUUUCUGAAGUUUACAGACCAUUCCCUUCUGUAUCUGCAUCCCGUCAGGUGGAAGCAUAUACAGCUCCUCCCCCAAAACCCCAUACAAAAAAGCUGUAUUAAUGUCAUGAUGGGAAACAUGCAGUUUCUCCUCCGCAGCAAUCUUGAGCAUCAGCUGAAUGCUCUCAUACUUGACGGUGGGUGAGUAGGUCUCGUGGUAAUCCUGUCCUGGUACCUGUGAAAAACCUCUGGCAACCAAUCUGGCUUUGUGUCUGACAACCUUGCCAUUCUGGUCUGUCUUGGCCUUGAAGACCCAUUUGCUGCCAACCAGUCUCAUUCCUGGGACUACUGGGACUAGCUCCCAAGUUUGGUUCCUAUUCAAGGAAUCAACUUCAGCCUUCAUGGCAUUAAGCCAAGGUUCAGCAUCUUCAGAGGUUAACUCCUGAACCUCUUUGAAGCUUGAAGGUUCCCACACCUUCUCUGAGCUACUAAGAACAGCAGUUGCCGUCUUAGCAAACUCAUCAGCAAAUCUCUUUGGAGGUCUGCCUUUGGUCGCCCUUUCAGAUCUGCGUACUAGACGCAAGUCUUCUGGACUCAUCUCCUCCUUCUUAGGAGAAAAGUGACCAAUGGUGAACAGUGGUUCUUCCAGUUCAUUGUCAGACGCAUCAGAUGGUCUGACUGAGGCCUUUGCGCUCUUGUAGUCUGCUGUGUCAUCACUGUCGCUGACAUCAGCAGCAGCGCCGCCCACUGAGCUGGAAUCCGAACUCUGAUCAUCAUCAUCAUCAUCCUCAGCUUCCUCAGCAUCAUCUGCUUUUUUCACAUCACCUUCAUCUUCCUCUGGGUAACUCUGGAAAAUUCCCACAUUUUCCCCCCACUUAGGAUUGUACUCAACACUCUUUGUGAACUUAAUGGACUUAGAGUCAGUCAUCCAUACCCUGUAUGCUCCUUUUUCGUACCCCAUGAACAAACCAUGUGCCCCACGCUUCCCAAGCUUGUUGCUCUGUGGGGUGUGUACCCACAUGUCAGAACCAAAGAUUCUCAUGUGCUUGACGUAAGGUUUCUUACCAAACAUCUUCUCAUAGGGAGUACAACCAAUAGGUGAUGACAAUCUGCGAUUAAAAGUGUAAACAAAAGUGGACAGAGCUUCCCCCCAAAACUUCUCAGGGAGAUUGGCAUCAUGCAACAAUGUUUUCAGUCCUUGCAGCAACGUUUGCUUUGCUUGCUCACAAAUCUCCCAUGGAGAUCCAGGACUUGAGAGGCUAUGCUGGAUUCCCUUCUCAGUCAGGAAAGCUUCAAACUGCUGAGAAGUGAACUCAGCCUCUCGAUUAGUAAACAAACAGCCAAUGCGUUUACUGUGAACAUUCUCCAACCAAGCACAGAAUGCCUUGAACCUAGGAAACGCUUGUGAUUUCUGCUCAAGCAUAAACACAUGAAUGUACCUGGAAAAAGAAUAAAUUAGAACCAUGAAGUACCUUGCUCCACCCAAAGAGGGCGCAAGUGGACCAACCAGGUCUGCGUGGACUAGCUGGUAGGGUUUGGAAGCCUGCCUGCUAGACUCCUUGCCUUUUGGAGCAACCUUCACCUUGUUCUCUGCACAAGAUACACAUUUCAUGUGAAACUUACAGGGUUUGAUGUUCAAACCCUGAACCAACUUAGGCAUCUUGGCCAGCGCCUGCCAAGACAUGUGACAAAAUCUUCAAUGUGCUUCAUGAAUGCGUCCUGCAUGAAGAACUUUGUUAGUUUGUGCAACACAACAAGAAUCAACAUUAGACACAGCAACAGCACCAUUGUCAUCAUAAGUUAUACAGAACAAACCAUUAUAAACUUUGCAUGCAAAAUGUCCUCUUUGCCUUUCCUGAUGACACAGAUGCUCCUCUUGAAGGAAAUCUCAAAGCCACACCCAGUCAGCUGUGGGACACUGAGCAAAUUGUCUGCAGCACCUGGAACAUAAAGUACAUCUUUGAUGGUAGUGUGCAGACUUGCCAGUUUCACAAUCCCUUCUCCUGCAAUUCGCAACGUCUUUCCAUCAGCCAGGUGGAUCUCACCAUCUUGAGGUUUGAAGGAGAUAAACAGAUGCUUAUCUUUUGCCAGAUGGCGGGUGCAUCCAGAAUCUACAAUAAAUCUGGCCUUGACCUUUGGAGCAGCUUUUGCAGCAAGCAAAACCUUGUUUUCCACCGGCGUGGGCUUUUGCUGCUUGCCCCCCUGCUCUUGGCCAUCAGACUUGCCUUUAGCCUUUGGUGAAGCUGUGCCAGCAAACAAAGCCUUGUUUUUCCCUGGCUUGGGCUUUCCACCCCCCUCCUGCCUCGGGCCAUCUGCAGGCAUCUGUCUCUGUUUACUUCUGGCCUUCCGGUAUCUGUGAGGAUGAUCUUGGCUCCCAUGAGAAACAGAGCUCUCAGCUGCCGACUCCUUGGCUCCCCCUGGAGGCUGGAAUGCUGCCUGGGAUGACAUCACAGUCAGCUCCCCCUGCAGCUUGCAACCGGUGCCCUCAGCAUCCCUGCAUUCACUCUGCAUUCUGGGAAACAGCCAGGACCUCCGACGGAGUCAAACUCUGGGCUGGGAUGAUUGGCAGAUGACCUACUUUCAAAGCAUUCCACAUCUGACGUGCUGUCGCGUUUCCAGUUAGCAUAGCAAUUUCCUCUAGAGAGACAGACAAGACUAUGGCCUUUGAAUCUUGGGCCCUCCAUCUAUCUGUCAGAGGAACUGGAGGGGCUUCACACACAGUAUGCCACACUCCAAACUGUCGUAGUAAACUCUCACACCACACAGCCCAGGUCUCAUAAUUGUGCCGAUUUAACUUUGGGCACUGAGCAGCUUCAGAAGCUUGUAAAAACUCCAUUCCAGGGUUUUUCUUGAGCCGUGAGCCUUAUUCACUUCAGAGACUUCUUAUCUCGGCAGCUCAUAAAUCUUGAGUUCUGUUUGGCUCGACUCCCAGGCCAAUUAGCCGGCCAGAGUUCAAAGAGACUCUGCCGUGGCAACGAAAAGCCUCACUUUCGCUUUUCCCCCACAUAUCUCUCUCACAGUCUUACUCUCCUGUAAGUGACGUGAAUCUGGGCCCGAAACCUGUUGUUGGGAUACUGCCAGGGAGACAAAGUCCAUCAUGACUCCACGUCGUCUCCGUUGCGACCCAUCGAUCUCCCGUAGAUACAGUAUCAGCAAUUAGUGACACGAGCUCCAGAAAUAGCUUGCCACAUUCCAGAGCUGAUGCACGCUCUAUCAGCAGAUAAUGCACAGUGAAAGAUGCACGCAGGAGAGCAUUAUUUACAAGUUUAUUCAGCGUUGGUCAGAACAAAGAAAACAUGACUGCCUGCUUCGGUGUCUCAGGCACAGAGAGAGAAACAAAAGCAAAGACACAACAGAAACAUCCUGUGAACAGGAAAUACGCAGGCUGUGACACAAACAUCCUGCUCCCUUUUAUGGUGGAACGGAAAUAUCCUAACAGUUUCAUCCAGAAACCCACCAAGCUGUUCAGCAACCGCUCUCUCAAUCACCUUACCCAGGAAUGGAAGAUUCGAAACCAGGCGGUAAUUGGAUAGAUCUAAAGGAUCUAAUGAUGUUUUCUUUAAGAGCGGGCGCACCACUACCUCCUUCAGUUCCCCUGGGAAUGUCCCUGUGCCAAGGGACAAAUUGAUGAUAUCCCCCAGGAGGGCCCGCACCUCGUCUGGACACGCUCUAAUCAGCCAAGAAUCUGGUCCAUCUUAAAAGAGCAUAUCAAGCUUUAGGGCUACAUCUUCCUGGGGCAUGUUUAAAUGAGUGCUUUUGUCAUGCUGCAUCCUGAGAUAAUAAUAUCAUCAUGCAACUUGGAUCUGCUUGCCCAGCAAAACAUCCAGCAAUGGGGCUCACCCCCAUUUCCUUUUAUGCCACACUGUAUAGGAACAGGUCCAUGUCUGAGCAUUUUCCUUUUUCCUUUUGUCCUGCCACUUUCCCCAGGAAAACCUGCUGUUUACUGCCAAAUUGGAACAAAUGACAAUCCAAGGAAAACACAACUGCUCUUUCUGCUUUACUUUUUGCUUUCUUCUUUACUUUCUGCUUUCUUUACUUUCUGGCAGAAAGAGAAGGACCAACCACAAUGCACCCUCCUUUCUCCCUUGACAGAGAUAACUCAUGGUCAUUCUUUAUAAACUCUGGAGCUUCUUUCCUGCCUUGAAGAGCAUUCAGAGUCAACCCGCUGUCUACUGUUUCCUAGCACCCCCAUGCCCAACAGUGAGCUCAUCUUAAUUUCUGCACAGCUUCAUAUAAAGAGCAGUCUCAAAUUAUGCUGCUCUUUGUAUAUCUUAUCAGACUCAGCAUUCGAGAUUGCAAACCAAAAGCAAGUGCAAACUGAUAUUUGUGUUAGAAUUCCUGCUCCAUGACUGCAGUCAUGGGAUUGUUGUCUAUCACAUGACGGUAUAUGUUUUGACUCCACAGAGUGGGAAGUGACGGAGACAGGAUGUUUGUGUUACUGUGUUCCGUGAAGUGGGACUAUUGUCCCUUGUUCCUUUUAUCUUUGCUGUCUGAUGCUAGAGAGAGAGGGAGCCAUGUUGCAGUGCUCCAUGUGUGUUUAUAUGUAAAUAAAGUAGAUUAGCCAAAAUGCUGAGUUGCUGAGGUCUGUCACGCAAGCUGUGAAGACUCUGUGGAUCCCUAAGUGUGCCGAUGUCUGUUGGCAUCGGUUGCUGUGAUGUUUGGGCUGAAGAAAGCUUUUGAAGUGCCCGCACGAUCGUCCAGGAGGGAGAGAACAUGCCAGUUGGGCAUGUGUCUCUCCCAGGGUCCUACUUGAGUGUAGGACGAGCUCCUGACAAUUUCAUCCAUUGAGAGUGUAGCAGUAAAAGUUGUGACUGUGCUGUAUCCCCCAGCUUGAUUCAUUUGCUCAGUUUAUAGAUGUUAAUCUGCCUGAUGUAUAUCUUCCCGGGCAUUAAAAACAGAAGUUUAGACUAUGUUUUGAGUUAAAUAUGCUCAUAUUCAUGCAUUCAUGGUUGACUGAGAAGAACCAAGCAAGCUGAAAAUAAGAGUCAUUCUCAACUGGUUUGCCUUGAGGUCUUACUUAAAUUUAUUCGUGUGAACUCACUUUUCUUGUUCCCCGUCUCUCUCUCUCUCCCCCCUCGUAGGUAUGUGGAGUAGCAUAUUUUCUUUAAACUUGUUGUAUAUCUGGAACAGAGUUAAUGAUUCAGAGGAAUUCUGGCACAGAUGGACUCAAGACAAGUUAAUAGAUAUUGGUGAGCUUUUCCUCUUCAUGCAUCUGAUUCCUCCAUUUCUCUGCUGUUAAAUUGGUUGACCCAAUAUGCUACUUUAAGAGAUGGAGGUUGGGAGUUAUUUUUCCUUUAAAAACAACAACCAUUGGGUGUCGAUUUGGACGCACAAUUUUCAUUCUCUGUGGGUCUUCUGAAUAAUUUACUGUAAGCACAGUCGGGGUGUGUGUGUGUGUGUGUGCAUCGCAGCAAGCCUUCUUUAAAUGGGUGGAAUAGCGACAUGCCAAAACAUAAGGCAUACUGACGGUGCCUGUCUCUGAUGAGCCACGAUGUAUUUGAUAUAGCAAGACUGGAAAACAAGGAAGCCACUAGCCUCAUAGCUGUAUGCAAUAGCAGCUGGGUACAGUGGGGUGCUGCUACCUCAACUGAUCUCUGGCCAGUCAUGUUGUUGCUGCUUACUGGGAGGUAGGGGGGUGCAGAGAGUUUGGCAUGGUGCUGUGCUGCUGUUAGCGUGUUUGCACUGUGCCAACAUUGCAACUGCCUCCCCUUCUACCUCCAAGUAAGUAGGAGGUCAGGCGAGUAACAUCCUACCAUGCCACCUGUUAAAGGUUGUGUGCCCAUACCUUUGGAUAAAAUGCCUUUCGCUUUUGAUUUGUCUCAGAGGUACAUAGCAUGGUCCACCUCGGAAGACAACUUGACAAUGUAUAGUCUUAAAGGGAGGUUACACGCCAGGUGAAUUGCUGGCAUGGUAUCUGAACUGCCUAACCAUUUUGACACUUCAGCCGAAAAUGUGAAGCCAAAACAAUAUCAAAGCAAUCUGGUUCAAUGCUGUCAGUAGUGAUGAAGGUCGGAGACUGUUAUGCACCUAUAUGGACACAUGUAUGAAGUUACAGUGCUCUGUUAGGAAGCAAAUCUCAUUAAACUCAAUGGGAUUUACUUCCAAGUUAAUACGCUUAGAAUUGGGCCAUACGUUGUCUUUUACAGUGUUCUUGCAGCGGGUUUGCUACUAUAUAGCUGUCCGGUAACUGAGUUGUCUAAGAUUCGGCUUAGCAGCAAAUCAGAGCAUAGUUAGUGACUGCUUAUUUUGUCACCUUUUGUAUCUUGUUGCAGAGGAAGAGCCUUAUUUACCUACAAGGCCAUAUGAAAUAAGGAGCCGUAUGUACGUCCCAGCCGGAGAACUUGCCAAUAAGCUCCGAGGGGCCUUGACUGAUCGCUUUUCUGUUGCCCAAUACCACAAUUUUCUGAAGGGUUUUCAGAUGCAUAACUACUACUUGGAGAAUGAAAAUUUCAAUAGAUGGAAAGGUAAACAGGUUUACAUAGUUGUCUAUUGAAGCCACUGUUCAGUAUUAGAACACUUGCUUUCCAUAAUCAAGCACCUCUGCCUGAGCACAUGGAGAGACACUUCCAGACACAGUUGAUACUGACCGUAUGAAACUAGAUAGCUCUACUGGGUGCCUUCCAUAUGUUUUGGACUACAAUUUCCAUUUUUCCUGACCAUCAUCCAUGCUGGCUGGGGUUGAUGGGAGUUGUAGUCCAGACUUCUCUAGACUCCAGAUGUUUUAGAUUAUACUGACCAAUGACUUAGUGUUUUGUUUUAUUGGUUAUAUUCACAGUGUUCUAUUUUACAGUUUUAUUAUGAUGCCUAUAAAUGGAAUUAUUAUUAAUAAUAACACUCAGAAGGUGGCAAUGUACAAAAUCCAACCUUUCUGGAAUUUGAUAUUCCAAGAAAUUAAUAAAAUAACACUAAAAAAUUGGAAGUCAAACCAGAAUUAGCUUUAUUCAAUAUAUCUCAAGACACCCAUCCAGAUUUACAUAAUAAAGAAUUAAUAAGCCAGUUAUUACAAGCAGCGAGAUGCAACAUAACCAGACACUGGAAUUUCUUUUCUGGCACAACGAUAGACAAUUGGUAUGAACAGUUUGAGAAACAGCUCUUCGUGAGGGAUUAACAAACAAGCUACAGUUGACACCUGGACAGAUCAAGCUUUACCCACAAAUAUUUUGAGAGGUCAAAAGAGGGUAGGUGAAAUUCUAUGGUUCUGAUAGGUUCCAAAGCCCAUAGGACAGGAAACCUGAUUGGACUACAAUUCUCCACCAUUAUGGAAAGCAGACCACACACUCUGCUCUAAGUGAUAUUUGAAUUCUCCUUAAUCCAGUGCAAUUUACUCCUAAGUAAGUGGCAUAUGACUGCAGCCAUAAUGUCAUAGGUAAAAAUGCCGUAUGUAUUUUAAUUUAAUUGGGUUCCAAAUUAGGCAGAAAUAUUCUUUUCUGAUGGCAAAAACUAUAUUUCCUUUCCAGCUACGGUGUUAGACGGAUGCCCAAAUCAACUAACGGAACAUGCAGACUCUAUAGGACUGGUGGACGCUGGAUUUUUCAUCAAUACAAGUUGCCCACCACUUUUAAGGCCAGAGAGGAAAGUUGAUGUCAUUGUACAUCUGAGUUACAGUGCAGGCUCACAAACACUGGUAAUAGGUUUUGUGUUGUUUGUUUGUUUAAGUGAUAUAUUUCAGGUUUAUGUGGACAUAUUGUGACAUAUUGCCCAAGGUCACCUCUCUAAUUAACUGUCUGUAGCCAGAAGGCCACAGAUUCCUCACCUCACUAUAAAUCAGGGGUUCCUCCCAAUGUUGUUGGAAUACAGUGCCCAUCGCCCCUAACCACUGGCCAUGUUGGUUGGAGCAGAUGGAAGUUGGAGUCCAACAUCUGGUGGGUACCAGCCUGGCAACUCCUGCUCUAAAAUAUCUGAAUCUCACCUUGAGCACAUUCUGGUGAGAACUUAUAAAAGACAAUAAUAUAUUUAUUUACCUAUUUAACAAACAAAUAAUACAUACCACUUGAAUGUAAUAAAACUGCUACGAGGUUUAUAAUAGCAUAAAAGAUAUGGCUGAUCACACAUCUACCAACCUGCAGCAGGUUUUUUUCCUUUGAGUUGCAGCAAGUAUAAACAUUACCACAGGGUGUUGUUUUUUUUAAAAAAAAGCCUAAAUGCAAAUUUUAUUCUCCAGUAGGUAGAUAGAUAGAAAACAAUGACUAAUGCAAUGAAAGAAAAUACAUUCUGUUGAUGGAAGUAAAAUCUUAUCAAGGCAAUUCCUGGGAAUUCAUCUCACAUAAAUUUUAGUCUGCUCCUCCUCUUUAAGUCAUUAAUUCCCAAGCUUAGAUAAUAUUCAUUUAUAGGAUCCAUGUGCCAAGGCCCUGUGACCUAGCUGGGGGAAACGAAUAACCACACUGGACAACAGCACAUUGGGUUUUGGGUUUGAAUAAUGCCAAAGCUUCAUUGGUUUCAGCAGUGAAUGGUUUGGCAUAGGCCUUGAGUAAAGCCAUUGCUAUUCCACUCCAGCACAUCUGCUGGAAGUGCAUUUAAGCGUAAACCACAUCUUGGAAGGGGUGCCUAUGACCUACAUCAAAUAGGGGUACCCCCUACCUGGGGUCUCUGUUGGAGGAGUGGUAUGGCCCUAGUUCCCACCUAGGCAUUGGACAGAAACCAUUCCUCCUGGAUCCUUUUGGAUACUCUUUACCAAGGAGGGGCAGGCAGGGGCUACAACCUCACUUCCAUGCAACUUACUCAAUGCCUAACCAUCACCCAAGCUGAAAUCAGCUCACUGCCAAACCACUCACGCCUGCAACCAAUCCCUGAUAGCUUCUACGAUGUCAUUUAGCCAGAUUUUGUUGCCUGCUUUUUUCUUUUAAUGAACCUGAACACCUUAGUAUCAUCAGCAAACCUGGCCACCUCACUGCUCACUCCUAACUCUAGAUGGUUUAUGAACAAGUUAAAAAGCAGGGACUCUGCUUUCUACUUCCCCCAUUCAAGGAACUGUUCAUUAAUUCCUACCUUGUGCUUCCUGGGUAUCUCAGUUUUCCACAUAGAUUUUUUUUAGUGGCAUAUGAUUGCUUUUUAACAUACAUUUCUUGUCCUCUCUUGUUUUAACUUUCAUGUGAAUGAAGCCCCUAGAGCAAGCUUGCAAGUACUAUAUCCAGCAAGGUAUCCCAUUUCCACAUGUUGUCCUUACGGAAGAAGACAAGAAACAUCUAAAGGAAUGCUACUACUUUGAUCAAUCACAUGUCCUUGGUUGUCCAAUCCUGGUUUUCUUCCCAUUAGUGAAUGAUACCUUCCGUUAUUACAAAGCACCUGGUAAGUUACUGACAAUAGCUAAUAAACUCCACCCUAAGUGACAGUUAUCUGCCUAAGAGACCCUAUCUGCCUGCGGACUGCCUUGCCAGAGUGGUGCAUGCUCUGGUUAUCUCCCGCUUGGACUACUGCAAUGCGCUCUACAUGGGGCUACCUUUGAAGGUGACCCGGAAACUACAACUAAUCCAGAACGCGGCAGCCAGACUGGUGACUGGGAGAGGCCGCAGAGACCAUAUAACACUGGUCUUAAAAGACCUACAUUGGCUCCCAGUACGUUUCCGAGCACAAUUCGAAGUGUUGGUGCUGACCUUUAAAGCCCUAAAUGGCCUCGGUCCAGUAUAUCUGAAGGAGCAUCUCCACCCCCAUCGUUCUACCCGGACAUUGAGGUCCAGCACCAGGGGCCUUCUGGCGGUUCCCUCACUGCGAGAAGCAAAGCUACAGGGAACCAGGCAGAGGGCCUUCUCGGUAGUGGCGCCCUCCCUGUGGAAUGCCCUCCCACCAGAUGUCAAAGAGAACAACUAUCAGACUUUUAGAAGACAUCUGAAGGCAGCCCUGUUUAGGGAAGCUUUUAAUGUUUGAUGUAUUACAGUAUUUUAAUUUUGGGGGGGAAACCGCCCAGAGUGGCUGGGGAAGCCCAGCCAGAUGGGUGGGGUAUAAAUAAUAUAUUAUUAUUAUUAUUAUUAUUAUUAUUAUUAUUAUUAUUAUAUCCAGUGCUGUCAGGCAAUACAAUUCCUAGAGGUGGGGAGAUUUUUGCUGGACUUUCCCACUACCGAGAAAUCAAUUAAUUCCUCUGAACUGAAUUGUUACAAUCUGUUGUAAGCCAUUGUGCAAAUCACUUGAUUGAAAGGCAGCGUAUGAAUCUUAAAAAUAAAAUAUUUAAAAUAAAAUACUAAAUCUCUGUGGUAACAACCCUGAAGCUUCAACCUCUGAGUCUUGACUGACUACAACAAGCUCUAAGGCACUGGAAUGGAUCCAGGGUCCAGACUUAGUCAUGCUUAAGAGUAGACCCACUGAAAUCAAUGAUACUUAAGUUAGUCACUAAUGUAAGUCCCACUGAUUGAAAUAAAAGCCCUCUAAGCAUGACUAAGUCUUUUGCUUCUUUUGUUCAUGCUUUAGCAUGGUCAGAAUAAGAUUGUGCCAACAAAUACUAAUCCAGCCUUGAGUGUAUGUUCUUAUAAUUACAAUGAUAUUGUGCGUUAUUUAAUAUACUUUAUUAACUUCAUUAUAUUAUAUACACUCAACUACUUUGAGACCCUCUUAAGUAUAAAGAGAUAUCCAAGCCUGAUAAAUCAAAUCAAAAUAGGGCAUUAAAAUUGUGGUAGAUUUAUUUUUUAUAUAAAAAAACACAAAACCAAAAUUGUAAAUGAACCAUUCUAAGAACGUUCUCAUUGGGUUAACACACAUGUAUGCUUCUGAAAUAAGCCAAAUAUCUAACCAUUAAUAACUCGUCGUUUCUUUAUCCCAGGCGAGAAACGUGAUGGUGAAGCAGAGAUGGCUGCAGGAGAUGUUGAUGUUUCCACCUGGAAGACACCAUACAAUACUUACUGCCUCAGAUACAGCGAUGAAGAUUUCGACAAGCUAGUAAACCUGAGUGAAUACAACAUCUUGAAUAACGAGCACCUGAUUCUGCAGGCUUUGCGUUCUGCUGUAGAACGGAAAAGGCGGCAUUGAUGCAGACAGUAUAGAUUGACUGGGGAGCUUGUGGGGAAGGCAGAAGAUCAAGUAAUGGUUGGCUACAAUUACUGAUUAAUCUGAAGGCUUCAGUGGGAUUUAUUUCAUCUCUCUUAUGAUGACUGUUUCAUAUUUCAGCAGGG